AUGGCUGUAGAACGGAAGAUACGGAACGAAGCGAUGGAUUUAUUGGUUAUACUAUGUGUUUUAAAUUUAAGACGUAAUGAAGGAUCUAUUAGUUUUACUUAAUAUGAUGUGUUUUUUUAGAUUCAGAUCGUAGCAAGGGAUUUUUUUGGGGGUUGAGCCUCUGGACAACUUUUCGAACAGAAAAUUUCCUCCACUCGACAAAUGACAAGGCAAUAUUUUUAUUACCUUUUGGGUCUAGUUAGUGCAUUGAGGAGGCCAGUUUUAAUUUUAAAAAUGAUUUUCAUAAUAAUUGGGAAAACCCGGAAAACAAAUUAUCGGAAAAGUGGACAAAUAUUUUCAGUGCAUUGUAGAUUGUUCAUUUCAUCAUUUACAAUUUUAUGCAUUUUGGCGAGUUUCAGGCUAUUUACAAGCAUUUUAUGUUUGCGAGUUUUUUACUUAGUGAGUUUUAUUUGGUGGGUACUAUGUGAAUAUAUUUGUUUUUUCAAACAUACAUUGAAAACGUUAUAAGUUGUACUUAGUAGUAAGAAAAAAAGUAUGAUACAUAAAGUUAUUCAAUUUAUAUCUAUAAUCAACGUUAAACUAUUGCUAACGAAAAAUCAUACCAAACGAAAUUCGGUUAUACAUGUUUUAAAAGGCGUUUAUAAUACCGUAAUAUUUAUGGUAUUCAUCAAAAUUUGAUAUUAAAAUUCUUUAAAAAAAAAAAAAUACUUUAAUUCGAAUUUUGUUUACCACUAAAUACUACUCCUACAGAACGUUCUUUUAUACUUUCAAAAUAUUACAACCACCCUAAUUUGUUUGUAUUUAUUAUAAGUACAACUUAUAAUAAACCUUCUGUUAAAUUUUCAAGCAUUUCUAUUUGGUUUAACAUUUUUUUUUCCAUAGAUUACCUACCAAAUAAAAAUUUUGUCUAGAAAAGGCUUCGAUUUCUGUAAAAAUUCGAAGUCAACGAAUAUUUUAAACUGAAUUACAAACAAAUAAAAAAGAGCUGAUACUAGGGACGAGUGAGGUCACUGUUGUAGGUGAGAAGUUGGGAAGAUAGGAUACAUAAGGUUGUUUCAUUUAUAUCUGUAAGUAACGAUAAACCAUUGCUGACAAAAGAAGAUUCCGAGCACAGUUCAAUAAUACAUAAUUUGAAGUGCCGUAAUUUUUUUUAACCUAACCUUCCUACGUUUUUUCCCGAUUAUUAUGAAAACUAAUUCAAAAAUCAAAAAAAAAAAAAACUGUAUCAUUAAAAACAAGAUUAAUAAUUCAAAUAAAGAGGUCUCUUGUCGUUUUUCAAUUGAAGCCAUAUAAUCAUAAUAGUCAUAUUUGUACUAGAAAACGUGAUAAGUACUUAUUUAAAAUAACGAAAUUGUGAAAAAAUCCUAUUUUUUUUCCCGGUGACAAAAUAUUCUUAAUUAACUAAAUUGGGCCUAAAUCGCACAAUCCGAGUUGGGACAGAUUUACAUAGAUUGGGGCAAAAAAACAUUUCCUUGCCUUUUUUCAAACAUUUGUCCACUCAAAAUAAAUUGGCCCUGAUUUGGGGUACUACCUCUAAAUUUUAUUGGCCGGUGACCCAUUAUCAGUCUUGCCACUCUAUCGGUAGGCAAUUAUUUAGUAUACAAUAAAUUGUGUUUAUUUCGGUAUCCAAAAUAUACCAUGAUAGCCAUCAUUUACCUAAAAGGCGCCCCUAGACUAACAAAAAGAAGCCCCUAUUUCUUAGAACGUUGAACCCCACUUCUCUCAAUUUAUUUACCAAUUCUGUAUGUCUUUAUACAAAUGUUAUUUAAUAGAUUAAUUUAAAAGUAUUUUAAAGUCAAUUGAACUUAGGUUAACCUAAAAAAACAACUAAACUUUUUACAACCGCAUCACGUAAUUUUAUAUAUUUCACAUGCUCAUGAAAGCUACUGUUCUUUUGUAAAUUGAUUCGAGGUACUUAAAACUCUCAACCUCGCCUAUAAUUUCGUAUUUUCGUUAAUUGUCUAGUCCUAUUUCUCUAACUAUUCUUAGUCCCUCGACUUCAAAUGUUCUAAUAUUCAAAUAUUCUCUAUUCCUCAAGUCUACUCUUAACUUAUUCCGGAUUUUCUCUUAUCAACGUUAUAUAUUCUGCAAAACAUCAUGCACCAGGAUACCUCCUUUCAUCUGAUAUCUCCGCGCACAUUCGAGGUAGAACAAUCUACCAAAUUCUUAUUUAGAACCAUUCAUACUAUUUGAUAGAAUUUUACAUAGGUUCAAUCAAACGAAACCACAUUUGUUGAUUCUUACGACUGGUAGAGGUAGUAUUCUGAUCCUCUCCCACAAGACACAAGGAGCAUAUUGGAAAUAUUAUAAAUACGUAAUAUUGUCAUACAUAAAGAUAGGAUGUUUAUAACCUAAAAAACACACACAAAUGCCCUAAAAAAAAUAUGCAAAAAUUCUCUAAAUCUCCAAAAUAUACACUUUAAAAUUGACUAAACAAAUCUACUUAUUUAAGUAAAAACCAUUUAAUUUAAAAAUAAUCAUUGGUUAUAUAUAUAAUGUAGGUGCGACAAUGAGUAUCAGAGUAAUUUAAAAUAUGAAUUGUAAAAUUAAUAGACAAUACCUAGUAAACACUUAAAUUUUAAGUUUAAUUUACAGUAAAAAAACAUUAUUUAAUAAAAUCAAAAAUUAAGUGCUAGGGUCCAUAUAUGUGUAUGAUUAGGUUACAGAAUUGUAUGUAUGACUAAUUUUCACUAUUUUAGUUUCUAAGUGGAGCGAAAAAGCUUAUAUUUUUGUAAAGAUCAACGUGAGGAGAUACUUUAGGGAGGUCAAUUUUCAUAAAAUUUGAAAAACCGGAAUAAAACAUGGGAAAACGGGGAAUAAAGUAGGAAAACUGGGAAAAUCGGUACAACAUUAAACAAAUAUUAUUAAACAAAAUAUAGAAAACCUAUUUAAUUAUUUUACCAUGACAUAUAUUGUUGACAAAACAUCAUUAUCAACUGAACUUCCUUCAGAAUUGUUUUUUCGUAAACAAUGGUUUAUCAUUGCUUACAAGUUACAGGUAUACAUUAAUUAUCUAUAACAGAGGCUGCAUUCGUCCCCAUUAUCCUAUGACGUCUUUUUCAACUCGUUUUUAUGUGAGUUUUUGUAAUAUAAUCGAAAUCUAAAUUCAGUGGUUGAAAGAUUUUCUCUCUUUAACAGAAAUAAAAAAUGUUUACAUCACUCUAUAAGAGUUUUUCCUAGAGCAUGCUUUAAACAAAAAAAGGAAAACUGAUACAGCUAUUUAAGAUUUUGUUUAAGUCUUUUUAAUUGGAAAUAAUAACAAUGUGUCAUAAGCACUGUCCUUAAGUACAAUACAAACACAUAGUUAUGUGUAAUAUUAUGUAGUAUUAUACUAUUAUAAAGUAGUAUUUUAAAAUAUGUAAAAAUCGUACAUAUAGUAAUAUAUAGUAAUAAUUAUUAAAUUGUUACAAAGUAAAUAUCGAAAAAUAAAAUAAACUUUGUGUUGAUCGGUUCGAGUAAAUGGUAAGUAUAAAUUGUACGGACUAGUGGAUUAUAUUUAUUUUGUACAAACACAAAAUAAAUAAAUAGGUAGUCAUCAACAUGACCAUUGUAAACGUCGGGGUUUAUUGGAUCGAUCAUAUAAAACCGUUCCAAUUUAAAACUUCACAAAAAAUGUAUUGUAUAUCGUUUUCGGAUCGAUUGGAUCCAGGAACGGAUUGAGCUCAAGUAUGACCCUAAGAAAAUAUUUGUUUACAGCACAUUGCAAGGUCACCUAACUGACAUAAUAUCAUAACACAAAUCUGGAGCUUUAGCUGUAGUCAUCUUAUAAGUGAUUUUAAUUUUAUAAUAUAAAAUUAAAUUAAUAUUUAUUUAAAACAUAUUGAUAAGCUUAUUUUUGAGAUUAUAUUGUUUAGUAGUAGAAAUAAAAUAGCUCCUGCUAUUACCUAGACCAAAGCACGUACCUACUGCAAUCCAGGUCUGAUUGGAUCCAUAUGUGGGUGUAUAUAAAGAUAAGUUUUUUUUAUUUACGUUUAUAAAAUGUUUUUGGUUACGCAUAAAUAAUAAGCUCGAAAACUUGAUAUAAGGAUCAUAUAGGUACUGAUCUGACAGUGUUAUUUACGUAUAUUAGUAAAUCGCGUAAAAUUCUAACAAAAUUUACAGGGCAUUUUUGAUUCCGUUAUCGAAAUAUUUCGGUGUAAAUCGAGAAAUUACGACUACUCUGUAAAAUCUAUAUUAUUUUACGGAUCUCGCGUGAUUCCAAUAGCGUCUAUAAUUACACUUUUAACCUUUAUUCAGUCGCUCAAAAGACCGCGCGCCGUUUGACCUUUCUCGGUAGUCCGAAAAAAAAAAUCGUCUUUGGCAACGGUCGCGGUACGGCAUAAUAACCGAACAAUAUAUUACAUGACGUUAUAUUUUACCGUGACGCGUCCAAAUAACGGCGAAAACGAAAAAUAGCCGACCGGCUUUCGAUAACGGCCGUUAUCAUACCAGUACGUGUGCUAUUUUGGACGAAUAUAAAGGGUGAUUCACACAAGGGCUUUUGGCGUUUAAGCGUAACCCGAUCAUGGACUAGAAUGGUGUAUAAUUAAUAUCGAUAAAAAUACUCGCUGAUGAGUGAUGACUAUACGCCACAAAAAGUCGAAUUAAUUCAAAAAGUUUAAAAGGUUGUAAUUAACCAAUAAUUGGCGUUAUUGGUGUAAUGGUGAUGUCUCAAUUUUAUUUUUGUGUAGUAAUUCAAUACGAAAUAAUCGUAGAAUAGGAAUUUUUAGACAAGGUAUACUUUGGUAUUGUACCAGAUAUUAAUAUCUAAAAUACUUUUUGGUUCUUUUCAAGUUAUUAUAGCUACAUGAAAUUUUUGAAUUUUUUUCCAUCUAUAUUUGGGUAACAUUUUUGAUCGGAAAGGUUCACCUUGGUAGAGUCGUUAAUAAAAAAAUUAAUAAAACAACUUGAGGAAAUGUCGCAGAUAUUUUUUCUUUUUAUUAGGCAUGUUUGAAUUUCAAAUGUGGACUAAAAUUCAUGUAUGAUAAUAAGUCAUGUUACGAUAUUCGGUGCUGUCUUUUUCGUUUUACCAUUUUCAGAACAGUAUUUUAUUUUCUAAUAUUUGAAUUUCUAUCGGGUUUUUGCGUCCGACAUUGAUUAGAACGUUAAAUAGAACUCUAGUGUGAAUCCCCCUUAACUACUGCUGAUAAAGCGCGUGACGACGACGACGACGACGACAAAAUUUGCUGCUCUCGUCGGCUGGCGCGUGUUUAGCGCGGAUUGCGCGCGCGCCCGAUUCUCGACCGUUGUGGUGGUGGGGUGGGGUGGCGCGGGCGUGGCACUUAACGCGCGUAACAGCCUUGGGCUCGUCGUCGUCGUCGCCGUCGACGACGACGCCGCCACCUCCACCGCGCCACCGUCCGCCACCGCGUUCGUCGUCAGCCGCCACCGCCGUAGCGUAGCGUCGUGUGCGCCUCACACGCAGUGUGUCUACCGUUGCGUCGUGCUGUACCGUUGUCGUUGUCGUAUCCUCGUCGCCCGAUACUCGUCUCCCGCGAAAAUUAUCUCGUCGUUCGGUUUUUAUCGCGCGAGUGCAUCGAGUUUUUGUGUACACGAUUUGUUAUUGUAACAAUUUUUUAUUCCGAGGACGACGUCUCUUCUGAUAUCGAAUUAAAUUCACGCAGGGAAAAAGAUAUAUAUUUAUAUAUUUUAUUUUGUUUUGGUUUCUUCGUCGUCCCAUGCACCGUUUCCUGUCGUAAGUAUAUUCAAAUCCGCGUGCAUAAUACAAUAUUAUAUAAUUGUUGUUUAUAAAUCAUUAUAAUACACCAUAGGCAGUAUUUUUUCUGGGGGACACUUUUUCAACCUAUAAUGCGUUACCAGAUCGACCUACAAUAUUUAAAAUAUUGUCUGGAUGGUAGUUUUUUUUUCUUUCUGUAAAACUAAUGUCAGAGCUUAUAUUUUGCGUCGAGUAGGCACUAUAAGUAUAAUAUUCAUGAUAAGACGUUGUGGUAUUCGGAAUACGCUGGCUAUUUUUAAUACCCAAAACCAACUAGUUUAUCAUGGGUCGAUUGUUGAAUAGGUAGUUAUGUCUGCGAUAUUAUCGGCACAUUAUAAUAUUAUUAUCUGUUCAACCAAUAAGCGUCGUGAUAACCGAUUAGAUAAUAUAAUAUUUUCAGUAUUUUUAAAUAGAAUAUUGGGAAAAAACAUAAAAUCGACGAAAACUGCCUGCAUAUUAUUAUCAUUUUAUUUUUCUGUUUUUAAACGGUUUGUCCAUUUAUGAUUUUUAUACCAGAGGUAUCUAUCUCUUUUAAAUUAAUUAACGUUAGAUAAAUGUUUACUAUAUUUUAGAUUUAGAUAAAAUAAUAUUCCCCUUCAGUUUUCAAUUAUUUAAACUUUUCUAUAAAAUAAUCCGAGAGUUACAGUUUCCAAUGUCUCUAAUAACAAUAUCAUCGUCAAUUUAUUGUUUUGAAGUAUCUUCGUUUUUUAAUAAUAUUUUGAACUAGAGAAAAAAUAAUAAUGCCUAAAUAAUAGCUAAACUAUAAUAAUUUAUUAUCGCUAAAAGUCAGAAUAAAAUCUAUAAUUAUUAAUUUCUAAAAAUCACGCUCGUUGAAUAUUCUUAAAAUGUAUCGUGAAAACAGUAGAGAAGAACAUUUCGGAGGGGGUCGUCCAAUCUUUUUGAGUAGCCCAUAAUAAGUACACGUAAUUGUUUACUUAAAAUUAUAAAUGUUCGUUUCAUUGACUGCCAUUAAAAUUGUUAUACUUUUGAAAAAUUGUCCGAGAUGGUAGGGGGAGUUUGGACUUCUAGACUUCUCAUCAGACGCUGGUGUUAGUAAUACACGUAGGUACGCAUUGUAUAAUUUUCAUGUUUUUCUCAAAGCUAUUCGAAAAUGAAUUUCAAUAAUAUAAUAUAUGACCUAUGUAUGUAUCUACAGAACCGGGACGUUUAAAAUGAAUUGUAAAAUUUUCCUGGAAAACAAAUAAUCGAAGAGCCCACUAAUAUUAUAUACCCGUACUAUAUAAUAUUAUAUACACCUAACUUAUUCCGAGGACAAUUUUCAAUUACGUCCUUCGGGCGGUAAACUGUCUAAGUACUUUAUACAAAACCGCCCUGUAUAUAUAUGUAUACUUUCGCCGUUAGUACCUAUUAUUAUGCGUAUAAUAUUUACAAAACACAUUGCCACCGAGAAACUCUUUAAGAAACUAUAUGUAUACAAUGCAAACUAAUAUAAUAUAUUAUGCUUAAUUUACCUGCCUAGUGUAUUAUAAUUUCUCAUAUUCAGCGAUCGUUUUUAAUAUUACCCAUAAUAUUAUUCAGUGCAUACUCAUACUUAUUAAACGAAUUAAUAUGUGUAUUUUGAAAAAAAAAUAAUAAUAAUAAUAAUAAUAAUAACGGACAAAUAUUUCGCGCGCACCCCGCGGCGACAUAUUAGUUCGGUUCACACGUGCGUUGCAGUACCGCGACACAGUACGACGACGUACGCGAGAACUUGGUGAAUACAAAGUUUUACCUUACUAGUAUUAUUAUUGUUGUUAUUGUAUCGUCAACAAGUGGUUUCUGUUUACGGUGGCCAUUUAUGAGCGUCUACCCCGCCGAUACGCGGUACAACGUGGAAUUAUUGGACAGUAUAAUAUUAAUAGUGUAAAUAAUAUAAGAUGCCCCCAGAUAUAAGCGUCUAUAGUGUCUACAGACGAGUUUAAUAGAAGAAACAAAAAGAUAGACGAGAAAUUGAGAAAGUAGGAUACAUAAAGUUAUUUAAUUCAUAUCUGUACCUACGUAACGAUAAAUCAUUGGUAACGAAAUACGAUUCUGAGCGAAAUUUAAUUAAACUAUUUUCAUUAAAACUUUAACUUGCCAAUGUUUAUAAAAAAAACAUUGCAUUACCUACGCAGGUUUUUUUUUUUUUAACCAUCAAAAACAACUUAUGAACUUCGUGUUAAAUUUCAAAUAUUUUGGUUUAACUAAAAAAAUAUAUUAACAUAAAUCGAAAAAUAAUACGCGAAAUUACGUAAUUUUUACAAUUUAUAUUGAAGUGAAUUUCAAACGUGUGUAUAAAAAUAAAACUACUGCAUUUGCUAAACUUUUUUCACUACUAAGUGCAUUGUCAAUCAUUUCUGAUCGACCGAAACAAUUCUAUCCACAUUAAAUCAAGUUAAAACUAGAAAGAAUUCGAAAAUUUCGAAUAUCGAAUAACAAUUGUCAGAAUGCUUUUGAAAUUUUAAGUCGCCUAGAAAAGACUCCGAAAUACAAAAAAAAAAAAACAAUCUUAAAUAAUGAAAUCGUUAUUGCUGUAAACUAUCCCGUAUUUCCUACGUUUUUCCCCGAUUUCUUCAAAAAUGGUCUCUUGUAAGUUUCUGAUUUGUCCAAGGUUUCUGGUAGGAAUAUUACUGAUAGAUAGAAAAAAAAAUGUCCACCUACAACAUUAUAGUAAAACCAAUACAUUCCUCGUUACUCUCUGAAUCUUAAAUAGUAUUAUUUUGAAUUCGUGUUCAACGAUGAUUAAAAUAUUUACUUAGAAGUUCUUUUUCACAUUUCACAUGAUGAGACAUAACACUGUGUCGUUCACGGCAAUAUGUAAUAAUAAUUAUAUUACGCUGUAGUUAAAAAAAAAUUAAUUAAUUAAAAUGCACUUUUAAACGGACUACCAGUAUUAUACCUAUAUAAUAUUAAAUAUAGUAGUAUACCUCUAUUAUAUCCCUCAUUGUACUUAUUCGUACGCUUUAAAGGCUAAAAACAGUAGAAACCAAUAGGCAGUGGCACAAACAGGCCUCAUUUUUUUGAGUUAUCAAUUAAAAAAAAAAAAAUUCUGAAACGGUUUUCGGGAUAAUAAAUUACUAAAUAAAUAGGUGACCUGUACGACCUACACAUAUUUAAACCAACCAUAAAACGUCUGGAAUUGCAAUACAAAUUAUAAAACUGUACGUAUUAUGUAGAAUUUUUUAAAAAAUAUCAAAUUUCGUUGUAACCCCUCCCCCCCCUUUGUUGUACCACUGCAGUCAAUAGCUACUUAUCUAUACUAUCUCUAUUUAAUAAUAUGCUAUGAGUUGGUAGUUAAAAUCAGAGUUAAAAAAGUAUAUUUCGUUUUACAAUUUUGUACUUUUUUGAUUCUGAACGAAACUUUUAUCACGUGUGCCUUUUUUGUCUUUUCCAAAACAUUUGCUCCGAUCAAAGCUGUAGAGGAAUAUUAUUGUAGAAUUUCGGAUCUAGUUGGUACAUUAGGGAAGUGAUUUUGUUUUAACCUUGUACUUCUCUUAAUAAGAAUUAAAACCCGAAAAAAAACUUCGAAAAACCGGAAACAUUUAAGCCUCGCAGUAGGUUUUAUCAAAAUCGUUUUUUUCUUGUAAUUCAUUAAUCGUAAUGAUAUAAAGUGUACAUCGAAUAUUUGGGAUAGAAUUUUGUACAUGUAAUAUGAUUUUCGAAAUAUUUCAGCUCUUUUUGAGUUAUUUAUAUAUCUUUUUGAGGUUGUACAUUUUUUUACGACAACUUUAAUUUUCUCUAAACCUACAUAUAGCCAGUCGUUUAAAUGCGUUUUCGUUUAAGACGGAUUUGUUUACACAUAUGUUUGAUAACAAAACGGCAACGUGUUGAAAAAAUCGGAAAUUGUUUAAUUAUUUUUCAUGUCUUCUUAUUUUAAAAUUCAUAGGUAGUAAUAGCUUAGCCGUUUUUGUAAUAAUAUAUAGGUGUACAAUGUUUAUUAUGCUUGUACAAUUAAUAGUUUCUCUUUCGUACCUAGAUGAUUUAUUAUUGAAAUAAUCGUUUUACUGCAUUUAAGCAUAAUAAUCUGUUAAAAAAAAAAAAUAAAAAAUACGAAUUACUGGAUAUAAUGUACUCGUCACUCGCAAUGGUGAUUUAUCUAUCGGAUUAUUAUUAUUUUUUUUAUUAGAUUUUCUCACUUCCAAUAACAUUACGUGAUGACAGGUAUUUAUUAGGCUAUUAAUUAUUUAAAAAUUAUUAAUACAAUAUCAGCUACUUGAAUACGAAAAUUUUGACCAGCGUUGCACCUAUAAUAAUGCGUGUACUCGUGAAAUCGAGAAAUAUGUCAUUCUAUUUUUAUCGCAAAAGAAAUUUUUUUAUCGGCGACGGUGUGUUUUACGAGGUAAUAAUUAUUAAUUGGAAUCUUAUAAUAAUAUUAAUAUUGUAUAAGUAGCCUUGGCGCGUAAAGAUCUUUUUUAAACGUCCGAGCGUCCGUAUCAUCGGUGACGUGAUUGUAUUACAUCAGCUGCCGUUUCGGUUUUAUAGACUACUUGUUGGUCGUGUUGUCCUUGCUUGAGAUACCCUUUUAGAACUCCGUGGAUGUAAUUAUUCUUCCGUUUUAAGACGAAAUAUAAUAUGCGACUGGUUAAGACUGGCUAGCGACUCUGGUUUUAAUCGUUUUCGUUAAGUUUUAAAAUAAAUUUUUUUAUACAAAUAUGAUUUUAUAAUAUUAUAAUUAUACGCUAAACGUUUUAUCUUUUUGACGUUUUUCGUUAUUAUUUUUAAACGAAUCGCAAUUAUUAUAUUAAGACUGUGAAUUUAAACCACAAAUAAAAAAACUACUCUAGUGAAUUUGAUGAUCUUAAAAAGUAAACAAAAAUAAAUGCAUUAACGCAUUUUAUAAACGGAAAAUAUGGUGAGCGAUUAGGGUCUACCCCCAGGGGCGUCUGCUAUAAAGGGGGAGUGCCUUAACUAUAGUAAUUUAACUUGUUCAUCGGGAGGGGACGAAAAGACAUGGUUUUGCCCAAGAUGCCAAUAUAUAUAGCGCCGGCACUGUUGGAGGAGAAAACAUUGAAAUGUAGUGAAAUUAUAAGUUUAUAACGUGUAUUUUACGGGAGUAGAUACAUAAAUCGUAAUAUAUUUUUAUGUUCAUGUAAUAUAAUACUCCGUAUUGAAAGUUUAUCAAAAAUUCAGAACAAAAUUAUAAAAUAGACGUACAACGAGAAAAAAAAUACCGAAACAAAAUUUCAAAAUUGAGUUCUUGUGUAAAGGCAAGUUUCCACUGCGAUGUUCUCGUGUAAGUGCACGUAUCUAUCUGCGCUUUACUUGGAUGGUCACAAUAAGAUUAGCGUGGUGACAAGGGCGAUGACUUUUUAGGUAACCAAAAUUUUCAGCCGUGUUAUUAUAUGUUUAAUCAAGUUACCAUAACGUUAGAUAUAAUAAAACAAUUUUCGUGUGCCCUGCGUGUUCUUUUUGAUAACGAUGAUUGACAAUAAAUUUAAAAAAAAUACUGAUACUGGAGACGGGUGCAGCCACUGAUGUAGGUAAGAAGUUUGAAGGGUAGGAUAAAUAAGUUAUUUAAUUUAUAUCUGUAUGCGAUAAUAAACUAUUUCGAACGAAAAAUGAUAGAGCGAAGUUGGGUAAAACAAAUUUUGAAAUUCCGUAAUUUUUGUCAAAAAACUAAUGCAUUAAACUCAAAUUUACUUUUUAGACCACUUAGUACAAAUUAUAAUUUACCUAGUGUUAAAUUUUCAAACAUAUCUCUUAAGUCAUAUAAUUUUAUUAACAGAUACCUGAGAUUUCUAAGGAUUCUGGUUGAAAACAUCGUUUGCAAAAAUUAAACCGGCGUUAAAACAAUUAAACCGGGACAUCUUGUUACUGUAAAUAUAAAUCAAUUUUAAUAUUUUGGUUUUUCCAAAUUAUUAUUAAAAUUACUUUGGAUAUCAAAAAACAACUUUCCUUGCUAGUGGCUGUGUAUUAAAAGGAACAAAAUCAAUAGUUUGUCACUUUUUGAUUUGAGAAAUAUUUCUGAUAGUAACAUAGUUAAUAAAAAUUAAAAACAUUUAAAUCAGUAAUGCCGCAGCGUGUAGUUUUCAUUAAAUUUUUAUUUCUGAUUCAUCCCAAUUAUUUAAAAAAAAAACACCUUUGAAAAUCAAAAAAUGAUCUUUUUAAUGUACCAACUUUACAAAUUACCUCUGUACGUCGGAGCAAAAUUUCUGUUUUGUUUAGAGACAAAAUAAUUAAAAUUUAAAAACAAGCACAUAUAGUAAAACCAAUAAAUCCUUCGCUACGCUCCGAAUCUAAAAUAAUAAAAAUGAUCAUAAUUCAUAUAUAUAUAUUCGACUUUUUGACAACUAACUUUCUGUGUCCAAAAUUGAUGAAAAUUCUCAGUAGCUUCGUCUGGCUAUCUAUUUCCUUAUUAGUAGUACAGUAAAACUUCUGUUAACGGUCACCUCUAUGUAACGGUCAUUUUUUGGUCCCAUCAAGUGUUACGACUUAAAAAAAAAAAGACUGUUCUAAAGGACGGUCACAUCUAAAUAGCGGUAUUAUUUCCGGUCCCUUAAAUGACCGUUUUAUGGACGUUUUACUGUAUUAUGUUCUUUAUACAAAGUAUAAAUGUAUAAAAUUAACAUUUUUCUUCUGUACAUUUCGACAUUAUAAAUUUUAAUUCCUCUCUUUAUUUUCAUUUUGUAUACACAAAAUAUUAACAGAAUACUAGUGACACGAGAAUUCAAAAAAACAAACGUCAAGGCUCAAUACCAAUAAACAUAAUAUUAUUAAAUUAUGAUCUUAUCAAAAUAUAUUAUGGUUCUAUCAGCAUAAAAUAUUAAAUAAGUAUUACCAAAUAAACCAUUGGUGAACGCCGUUAAAAUUUUCACAGCGUGUAUUUACGAACAUGUACGUGCACGUACAAAUGACGUUGCAGUGAAACCUUUUUCAUAAUGAACUCAGUUUUAAAACGAAUGGUCUGGUACUCAUAAUGUUUUAAUGUUUUUAUAAUACAUUUUCGAAUAACGGUGGUGUCGCAGCUACCACACCGUGUUUCAUUCAAAAAUUUGUUAUUUAUUAAUUUUACAAACCUUAUAAUAAUUAGCUGUAUGGCCUAUGGUAUUUAAACUUGACGGGAUAAUGUGUGUAAUAAAUGAUGGUGUGUAUAGUCGUGAUGACGUACAAAUUGUACAGUUAUUAUUAUAUACAAUAACAUAGCCAAAAACGUGUAAUAAUUAAUAAUUAUUAUAAUUAAAUCGAUUAUAAUUCAUUGACGAAAUGAUUUACGUAUAAUUAAAAUUAUAUUAUAUGUAUACGAUUGUGAUAGUUUAUUAAUCACGCUGUUUGUCACGUGAUCGUUGACAUUUGUGAUAUUGUAUUUUAAUUCUUUAUUAUAAACAAUUAUAUAUUCGAAAUAACCACGAAAAACCGUUUACUAAAAUAAAAAACAAUUAUAUAAGUAUAAUUUUCGAAUGAAUAGUAUAAUAAUAGUACCAAUUUUUUGUUGUUUUUAUACCGCGUUUGUUAUAUUAUACUACAGAGUUUUCCAAAUGAUAUUAUGUUACAGUUCUGAUGAAUAAUAGUGGGCGUAUGCAUGGUUAUUUCAUUCUCUUAUGUUCUCAAAAUCGUAACAUAUAUGAUUUGAAAGACCCUGUAUAUUGCUGUAUAUACACACGUGUCGUACAAUUGGACGACUAUGGUAUGUAUCGUGUCUGGUGGUAGUGGUAGUCGUAGUCGUUGUCGUCGAGUAUAAUAUUAUUGUUAUUAUUUUUUUUCGUUGUGUGUUUUAUCGUGGAGGGGGGGGGAGGGCAAAGGUUAUCGGUUCGCCGUCGCUCCGACCCCGACAUACGUACGCCACAGUAGACGCUCUGGUAUAAUAAUUUACGUAUGCGCGAGCUCCGACAACUAGAAGCCGAGUGCUUAAACGUGUACCUCGAGAUAUGUUUUCGAUAUCUUCGUUAUUUUUAAUAUUAUAAUUAUUGUUUUAACCCCGUAUCGCCGUCUACACUAAUAUUUUGAACGACCAUUCUAGAAUGUUACUUUUUAUACAGAUUUCGAAUAAAACAAAUUCUAUAGAUUGAAGAUCUGGAAUAUCACUAUUCAAUAACUCUGGAUAACGAUGAUAUUAAACAAUUUACACUUAAAAUUUAAGAGUUCCGAAUUUUUGUUCUUGACAUUUUCUAUCAUGUUUAUCUAGCUCAACAAUCGUGACUUGUGACCAAACCCAGGGAGCUUCUCCAAGUAUUAUUCUGGUCAAAUGAUUAUGCAGUAAUAACUCCUGGAAUGACGAUUAUUAUUAUUAUUAUUAUAAUUUUUUUUUUUUGCUAUAAGCUAUAGAUAUUCCGUACUUCUAGACACUCUGUACCUUUAAUGUGAUUUUUCAAUGAUGAAACAUGACGAUAGGUUGUCUCGUGCAUGUAUAAUAUUGCUCUCCAAUCUCCAUACUAAUUCAAUAACGGGUGUUCUUCGGAAGCUCUAUGAUAACAUUAUAUUUUCAUUAGAGAAAAUCUCUGUGGUAUCGUGUCUUAUGGUCCUAUAGAUCAACCUAUUUAUGUUAUAACCAAUUGAUAAACGUAAAAAAAAAAUAAGUUUGAAUUCAUAAACGAGUUUACAACAAAUGCUUAUUUAUAGCCAUCUAAGCAUUUUUUUAAUUUUCAUCAAAUAUCAGUGUACGAGAAUAAAACGUUUAUAAAUUCGUCAAUUUUAUUAAUAGUAAACACUGAACACUAGUAAUGAGCACUUCCGAAUGAUUAAUACUUAAUACUAACGAUAGUUAUCGAUAGUUUGGGUGAACUAUUGAAUGUUUCAUUUGAAUUGUUCUUUUUUCCAUGACGGAAUAGUUCUACUGGGGAAAACUAUCGAAUAUUUCAAAAGAACUAUUGGAAUAAUAGUUUUUCCCAAAUAACCGAAUAAAAACUAUUUUAAUAAUUCGAAUGCGAUCAACUAUCGAAUCAUUCGAUAGUAAAUUAUUGUCUAUUCGAUCGUGCGCAUCACUAGUAAAUACCUACUAAACAUUAUAAUAAAGUAAGUGACAAUUUUUAAUAAUAUAAAAAAUAUGAAAACGUCAAUUUGUAUUUAAUAAACUGAAACGUCUGUACUUCAUCUCAUAAUAUAAUAGUAUAACAUAAUCAAAGAAUCGUGGUUUGAGGUACGGCAUUAAGGUCGUGGUUUUGAUGAGCAUUUACUUACGUACUUACGGUGAUGGGAGGAGGUGGUUAAGGGUCAUAACGGGUUGUUAGGUUAUUCGUACAUACGAACUUUUCCUCCGAUAUAGAAAUAACAAUGUCGUCGUUGACGUGCACAUAAUAUAUCAUUUACCCACAGUAUUAUCUGGUGGAAAUAAUCGUCGCGUCUUUCCGAAGAUCUCCAUUCGAAACGUAAUAUUACUUGAUAUUUAUAUUUUAUAACCGAAAAACAACCAAGCAACAAGAAUAGUAAUUCGGUUUGUGUACCGGGGCUGCAGAGGCGAUCACGUCUGAUAUACGCGUUGCGAUAUUAUUGUGAUAAUAAUAUAAUAGUGUACACGAGCUCGUGCGUGUCAACACUUGCCCAGUGCAGCGGCGGCACACGAUAAAACGCGCGUAAACCGAGUAGUCAGGAUUCUGAAUAAUAAAUUAUAAGGUACAUAAUAUACAGAAAUCGACAAAAACAAGGUAAUAAAAUCGAUGAUAUACGAGUUGAAAGACGUUACGUUUUCAACGACGACCAGGGGUAGAGACGAGUAUCGUAUUUUAAUUUUCGGCCGUACGCAUCCUCGUAUAGAGUACCUAUACUAUAAUAUAUAAUAUAUGCUAGUGAUGAGCAUAGAUGCUUUCGAAGCGUUUUAAGCAAAUCCAUAUGUUUGAAGUGUUCAUUAUACAAAUGUUUAAAACAAUUUAAAAGUUCAAAAAUUAAAUUACUAAUAUGUUUUGAAAUAUAUAGAUAUAGUUCCUAUUCAUUCUUUCAAUAUAAAUAAAAAAAAAACUAUGUCUAUUGGGUAUUAUUGGAUAAAUAAAUAAAAAAGAUGUCCUAGGAUAAUGGGGACGGGUACAGCCACUGUUAUAUAUAAUUUAAUGUAUACCUGUAACUUGUAAGCAUCGAUAAACCAUUGCUUACGAAAAAACGAUUCUAAGCGGAGUUCAGUUGAUAAUAAUGCUUUGUCAACAAUAUAUAUAUAUCAUUUUAUAGUAAAAUAAUUAAGUAGGUUUUAUAUAUUUUCUUCGAUAAUAUUUGUUUAAUUUUCUACCGAUUUUCCCAGUUUUCUUACGUUUUUCCCGGUUUUCCUACAUUUUAUCCCGGUUUUUCACAUUUGCUGAGAAAACUUUUGGAAAAAUCAAAAAAUGACCUCCCUUAUGUACUUAGUGGAAUUUUAUUUUAGAAACAUUGCUAUCAUUAAAAGUUGGAGUGAAAUUGUUAAUUGAAAAGUUGUGCACAGAAAAAAAGAAGACCGUAAUAUAUUUUAACUAAUACCUACAUUUCUUAUAUUUUCUCAUCCUUUUCGGUUUUUCAAAUUUGAUGAGAAAAUCGAAAAAUGACUUUCCUAAAGAACCUUCUCUCACCGAUUUCCUUUCAAAAAAAGUGUUAUACUUACAAAUCUGAGCAAGUCUUCUGGUAGAAAAGUUGCGCGCAGAUAAAAAUAAAAAAAAUUAACAUCUUUGUAAAACUAGCUUCUUCAUGUCACUCAGAAUCUAAAAAUUUUCAAUUGUUAUUUAAAAAAAAAAAAUAAACUUAAUUUUUAAAACCAAUAAAAACACAUUUUUGCAACCCUGGAUGGACACAAUCGAAUACUAUUGAACUAUUUCAUAGACAAACUAAUCGUUUAUGAAAAAAAAUGUUCAAUAUAGAUUUUAUUCGGUUAUACGGGGAAAAUUAAUUGUUCAAAUUAAAUGUUCGAAAGUCCGCCCAAACCACCGGGGUAGUAUGAAACUAUAAACUAUUUGGAAGUGUCCAUUACUUACUAUACAUACCUACUGCAGUACACAAGAGUAUAUAUAUAUAUAUAGAGAGAGAGCGAAACAAAAAUCCGAUAUAGGAAGAGGUGAAUGAGAUGUGUACGAUAAUAUUAAUACGUCUCGAAUUCUCGGCACGCGGCGACGGCCGGUGUCUUCUUUAUUAAGUUCGCUCGGCAGCAGUCUCUUCGGGUAAAAAAAAAAAAAAAAAAUCAUUCUAAUAACAAUAAUAAAUAACCGACGCCGCCGUCACCACCACCGCGCCGCCGUUGAUUUCAAUAUUGCGCGUUGCCACGUUUCACGUGUGUGGACUAUUAUAAUAUACGCGCGCUUAUAAUGUAACCGUGUGCGUGUGCGCGCGCGCGCGUCGCAUAUAUAUUAUGAUCGCGAACAUACACACGAGCGAUAUUGUAUUUUAUACAGGGUGUGUGGCCAUCGUCGAUUUGAUGAUAUCUAAACUCGUAUCUUAACGUCAAAAAGAUAUCGGUUUUCUAAUACAGACAUACGUAUACGAUACGUCAUACAUGAUGAUAUUAUAAUAUUUUUGGUGCCCAGGCAGUGUAGAUUUUCGUUCAAUAAAACCUAUAUUUGUACUGUAUAGGUUUUGAUAAAGAAGUGAAUGAACCCAUUAUCAAACUUUAAUUAGAGAACAUUAUCCGUGGUAUUUUACGUUCAUUUUUAAUGCGUAGCGUCCUCUUAAGUCAAUUUUAUAUAGUUUUCAAUACAAGCAAAUUAAAUUUUUAAAAUCGCUAAUUAUAUAGUUGCAUAAUACAAUUAUUACGAUAAUGCCGCUUUAUAAUCCCCUCAUCUCAACCCUCAGAACGUCUAUGUGGUGCAAAUUAUAAUUUACCUUCAUGUAUUGAACCCGUAGAAAAAAAUAUUCCUGUACAUCUGAACUCUCUUUUUACUAUUGUAAUAAUUAUUUUAUAUAAAUGUUAGGAUAACAUAGUAUGUUCUGUUCUUUUUAAAACCAAUUAUUAAAAAAAAAAAAAAAAAUCGUGAGUCGCUGCAGUUUGAAAAUUCAAAUAUAUACGCAAUAUUAAAACCAGAUACACUACAGAGGUGUAAAUGCCCCCUAGAAUUUUGUUCGACCCCUGACAAAUACAACAAAAUGUAUUCAAUAAGUGCGCAUAAUACUCUGUUAUAUUUUACAUCGAAAUGACCAAUGAAAAAAGUGAGCCCCUCAGAAAAAUUGUCUGGAUUCGUCAAUGUUUAUACACCUAAUCUUCAUAGAUAACAGAAUCACCUUGUAUAUUAUACACGAACAGCGGCUAUGUAUCAUGGCAGUCCAACGCGAUUUUAUAUUUUUUUGCUUUUUUUUUCUAGUACAUUUACAUUUAUCGCCUUGCCCGGGGUUUCCUGCCGUCUGACCUCACGGGGGCCCAUUAGUGUAUAUACUCAUAUAUAUGACGACUUAGAGGUACCUUUUUAUUAUUUAUUUAUUUGUUAUUAUUCUUUUUCCACGCUCGCUCUGUCGUCCGUCGUUUUUUCUUCUAUUUUUUCUUAUGCAAAUUCCCGUCGAAUAUAGCGCGCUCGUCGAAUAUUAUGUCGUACGCACGUGUGUGUGUAUAUUUGUAUGUUCGAGACGACGGCCGCGAUCAACGGCAAUAACAAUAAAAAUAAUGCGAAAACAACUAUGUUUGAACCCAUGUAAAAAAAAAAAAAAAUAAUAAUAAAUACCUGCCGUAUCUUGUUAUACGUGAUGUUUUUUACCCCCUGCAAACGAUAGGUACCGGUCGUAUUAUAGUAUUAUUCGAAACGGAAUAAUUAUUAUUAUUAUUAUUGCUAUUUCCGUGCUCUCGUCUCGCGUAUAUUAAAACUCAAACUUUACACACGACAUGUGUAAUAUUCGUUUUAGUUAAUUUGGUCGUCCAAUAAUAAUCACAAAGACGAUCGAAAAGAUAUUUGUAUGUGUGGAUAUGUGUCCCGGUAACGUGCAAUAUAACCAUGGAAAUUUAGUCUCCUGAAAAAAUAAUCCCAUAUAAGUUUUUGCCAAGGGUAAUGGGUACUAUUACAAAGUAAAAAUUAAAAUUAAUCUAAUUAUUAGAAUUAUUCUAUUAUGCCAUUGCGUAUAAUAAAAUUCCCCACAAAUAAUGUUAAUUUUGGAUUUAAUGAUUAAUUAUUGUAUAUGAUAAAAACGAUUCAGACCGAAGACUGUGUGUCAUAUCAAUCAGAUAUAUAAUAACUACAGACAUAUUAUAAUGGAUAAGAAAGAUACCGAUAACUUCGGUACUCAACUUUAUAACUUAUAAAAGUGGUAAUAUUUGUAAAAUUCUUCAAGUUCUGUGCAUGUUCAUUUCUGUGUAUUCGAUACUACAGUGGUGUACUACAGUAUAUAUAAUUUUGUUUUUCUUUACAUAUUAUUAUUGGCAUUUAAUAUUAAUAUGAGAUUAUUUUUUCGGGGUUUUUUUUGAAGACUAAAGUUCCAAGGUUUAAGCAAAUUAUUUGGCUCAUUAAUGAUUCUCUCAGUACCUGCGUAUGUUAUUAUUUCAUAUUACCCGGUUUCCGUAUUGUAUAUGGGGCCAUAUAUUCUUCUGAAAACCUUCUUUCCAAAGGUUAGUAAUCUUAUCUCGUCCCCUUAAGUUGUCGACCACGUCUCACAACAAUAUAUUACUAUGGAUCUUAAAUAUGAAAUAUAGCUUUCUUUUGGUUUCUCUGGAGAGAAGAAGCUUAGAACUAAUCAUUCUGUUCAUUGAAUAAUACCUUCGAUUUGCCGUAUUCAGCCUCAAUCUUAUUUGAAAUAAUUAUUUCUAAUAACAUAUUUAAAAUGAAGACUUUUUUAAAAAAAAAAUAAAUUAAAUGUAUACAUUAUACAUAAUUACAUGAACAUAACGGUCAAAUUUUCUUUGAUAAAUAAACAAAUAGAGAAAAAAAAAUAUAUAUUUAUAUAUUCCUUUGACCCGAGGCACGUCACUAACUAAAAAACGAUUAUACUCGUAUUAUUAUAUAAGUUAUGAUUUUGAUAGAAAUUCGUUAAAUAAUAAUCUUUCCGGAAUAACGAAUUUCGUGCGAAUAUAAUGUAGGUGUUUGAAGACGGGGCGGAUUUUUAAUAUUAUGUAGUUCUUGUCGUGGAAAAUAUAUUUUAUCCACAUUUAAAAUCGUUCUCGGCCGUCACACAUCGCGCGUCCUGUUCGUGUCACCUCUAUUAUAUUAACAGGUUGGUCCGGCGGCGACGGUGAUGGCCUUUUCGUGAAUGUGUGUGCCUGUGUGUAGCGGGACAGAGAUUUCUCGUAUGUAUAGGUUAGGUUAGGUUACAGGUGUAGUUUUUUGUAGUAGGUACCCAUGUCGACCGACCGACUGUGAAAUGGAAAACAAAACACAAUGGGACGUUUUUCGGUAGUACGAGUGGUGGUAGUAUACGGUAUGUGUAUACGGUAAAAUUGCUGUUUGUCGUCGCAUAUUGAACACCGGAAAUCAAACUUAUUGGACCCGCGCGGCACUGGAUGGCGUGCGUAUAGGUACGUCGAGCCGGCCGCCGUCGCCGCCUCUACAUGUGCGUUAUAAUAUCACAAUGGUCGCAACGCGCGCGUUUACGCACUGUUGCCAAGUCUAAGUAUAUCAUUAUAUAAAUUAUCUCGGGCGCGACUCAUUUCCUAUCUCGAUGAUUUUUUUUUUAAACGUGUUGUUUAUGUGUAUACAUAUAUACCGCGUAUUAUAGUAUAGGUACCUGUGCAUAAUAAUAAUAAUAACAAUAUCGUAUUUCUAUGUAUGUAUGUAUGUAUGUAUGUAUGUUAUGUAUGUACGUAUGUAUAUAUGUAUAUAUGUAUAUGUGUGUGUGUGUGCGCGCGCGCGUGUGUAAAACGCGACGACGUCGACGACAACGGCCGGUGGUAUUCACAUAUCCGUUCGAUUGUACCUACUACGGUAAAAAAAAAAAAAAAAAUUGUAUAAUAAUAAUAAUAUACGCAAGUAUACGACAUCGACGAUGACGAGACGUCCUCUAUACACCUAUGCCUAUGUAUACAUGUACCUAAUAAAUAAUAUGAUUUUCAUUAAACAUUUUUUAAGUGAAUAUCCGCCGUGUGUUCAUUUCUCUCCUUACUUUAAAAAAAACUACGAGUAGAUAAACCAAAUCUACUUGAAUUUCGGACUUCCCCAGUUACUCCUCUCAUUCUACUAGUAAGAGUAUUUUGUGUAUAAAAUAUAAUAUUUUAUUACAGUAUCUAUUAAUUAAAUCAUCAUUUACCGUUUAUUUUCUAAUGCGCAUUUAAAAUCUUACUCUAUUGAAUGGUCAAUAAAUUCUACUAUGUGUCCAUUUGGACACAGAAAACAUAAUAAUAAAGAACAUUACGCUAGUAUACCCACUAGUGAAUCUAAUAAUUAAGUAAGGGUAACAUAACCUAACCUAACCUUGCAAUUAUUGCAAGGUUAUACGUAUAAUUUGGUGCUCGAUCAACGAAAGCCACAGACAAGUUAACAAUUCUAACGAAAAAAUUUCCUUUUUAUACAAAUUGAUACUUUUCCGGCUGACGCGUGAUGUUUGAAAAUGUCUAAAACUAAUAGCAUCCCUCGCAUCAUGACGUACAAUUCGUUUUUGUGUUUAAAUUUAAAACCGCAAAGUUGCCUAACGGUCUACGGUUAGGACUUGUACAAUUAUCAAUAUAAUUAAAUGAGUUGGUAGUGUAGCUGGUACUAUAGAAUAAGUCUAACGCUGUGACGUGUUUUCAGAGGGGUGAUGUGAAUGUUAUCGUUACCAUAUAUACUAUUCAUCGUAGCAGUGUGAACGCAGGGUGUUAUGCAAUUAUCCUUUAUUAUUAGUAUUAUUAUUAUUAUUAUUUUUCGCGAAAUUGUUUUUUAAGUUUAUAAUUGAGAUGAUAACAAUAUUACCAUACGAACGUUCAUUAUAAUAAUAUAUAGUUAUAAAUAUCUAAAAUGAUAACGGCAUAUAAUCGAUUUUUUAUUCUCGUGAUAUGGUUUUUAUAUUACGUGUCGUCUUUCGAAAUGACGCACGUCAAUAUCUUUUUUCCAGUCGUAUCAUGUACGCCAUUUUCAUAAUAUAAGAUUAUCACUAUGAUGUGUGUUCGUCGAAAUUAUUAUUUUUCGAUUUGGACAUUGCUGCAUUUCCAUAACGCCAUUAAAUGUUAACGAUUAUUGUUUCCAACGAUGUAUUUUUCGUGUUAUGAAUAAAAACCAUCAAUACGUUUAAUGAUGUGUUUCUAUAUAAUCGUAUAAUGUAUCUGAUAGUAUUUUAUCAUUACUGAUUUUUUAAUAUUGUAAUAUAAUUGAAAUUUAAAAUAUAAACAAUAAUAAUAGCACACCCAUUAUCUAACCAUUUUGUCAACCAAUUCGGUGUACAUAUUUUGCCUAAUUAGAUUUAAAUGCGUACAAAUCAUAAAUAAUAAUAAGUCUUAUAUUAUGUCGAAAAUACUCGUCUGUAAAAGUUAUCGUAACGAUAUAGAAGGCCUUUAAAGUAGAACAGAGGCGACUAUUGACUUGCUGGAAGACUUUACACGUUGCUCCAUUUCGACCGAUUUAACGUUGACUGUGAGGUGUUGUCGCCGGACACCCGGGCUAUUGAACCGCGUUUAAAUAACUUAAAGGCCUCAUCGAAUUGUACGAAUUUCGUUUUGUAGCGCUGUAAUUAAUGCACUUAUAAUAUAUAGUGUAUACACUCGUGAUGUAUCGCGCCUCGAGAAAAGACGUAAUUUCAACAAUUUCAUAGGGGGUUUUUUUUCUACACAGUGAAACAGCCUUAAUCGCCAAAACCACGCGUAUAUUAUUACUACAGUUUCGAAAAUCCUAUUAGUGCGUUGUUUUGUUUUCCUCCGUAUAUACGUAUUUAAUAAUAAUUUAGGUAAUAAUAAUAUAUAGUCGGCUGACCGGCUUCUCGCCAUAUCGCUCGUUCGAACACGCGAAAUCCCACCGUGCACAUCAUUAUAUAUAUAUAUAUAUCGCGUAUAUGCUUGCGUGAUGUGUUUGCGCCCGCGCGCGUGAUAUACCCGGUAUAUAAUACGUAUACAUACACAAGACUAUAAUAUAAAUGUGUGUGUGUGUGUGUGUGUGUGUGUGUAUAUAUAUAGUAUUUCAACGGCUGCUCGCGGUCACCGUUCGUUUCGCGGGCAUAUUAUUGAUUUCGGACGACCCUUUUUCGUAUAUAGUAUAUAAUAUAUACGUACGUAUUGUCAGCGGUACAUUUAGAGGAGCUUUUUCGUAUGUUAUAAUACAAUGUAAGUCUGUCGGCGACUUUUUCGCCAAACGACAUGGAUUGCGCAACACGCAUACGCCGCUUUUGCCCCGUCGUAUAUGUACACCCUGUAUAUAUAUAUUCACACACAAACACAUACACACACACACACACACAUAAUAAUGAUAUCGCGUGUCCCCCUCGGCACCGUCGUCGCCGUACCCCGACGACGAAAACGACUCGUCCAAACCACUGUGAUACUAUGACCGCGUCUGUGCGCAUCACGGUCACUACCGUCGAUCGGCUCUCGUCUGUCGAUAAUAAUCAUAAUCAUCGCGAUAGUAAUAUUAUGGCCCGGAUAUCAAUGCGAAGCGCGUUUUUAUUUCUCGCUUAACAAUGCGUAUUCCAAACACACACAACAUAAUAAUAUACGUACAAGUAAUUCGAUUCACGUGUGAUGUGUCGAUGUUUUUUUUAAAAUUUGUUUUGUUUUUAAGUUAUUUUAUUAGUAUUUUUAAUUAUUUCGCUGUUUUUCCCCAUAUUUUCUGGUUAUAUUCGAAAUAUCAUUUUUUCGGCAUUAUAAUUUGCCGCGAUCGCCGGAGAAUUAACAUGAUCAUAAUAUCAUAUAAUAUAUUUUAAACGUUUAUCCGAUAGGUAAACGAUAACGUAACUUCAAAAUUCAAUACGGAUUAAUAUGCGAGUGAGUAUAUUAUCGUGAAUUUGUUAAUUUGAGGGUGUCUGUCUGUUAUUUCACUCUUCAGCGAUUUACGAAAACUACAGUUAUCCGUACAAUUAUUUCGGUAUGUAUUAUACGUGCGUAGGUCGUAUUUAUUAAACGUUAUUUUUCCGGUCACCCUCCAUAAUAAUAUUAUAACUGUCCGGCACACGAACAUUUUCAAAAAAAAAAAAAAGAACGAAAUAUUGUUUAUCGAAAAAAAAGAACUGCGGUCCUCCGCCCUCGCACUGCUCGCGCGGUCUACUGCUCCACGUGCAAUAAUCGUAUAAAAUAUACAAAGUCGUGGUAAACGUGUGCGCGCGCACAGACGGCGUGUAUACUUAUCGACCUUGCCAAUAUCAUACGUUAUAUACAGUUACACACUCGUAAAGUAUUAAAUUAUUGUUGUUGUUAUUAUUAUUAUUAUUAUAUAAAUUCACGAAUCCGGGUGACGGCGUGUGUUUAGACUGACUAGAAGUUUCUGCAUACAUCACACCGUAUAUUAUUAUCCAAUAUUACACAUAAUACUACAAUAAUAAUAUUAUACCCGACAACGACGCGUCAUUGUUUUAUUCGAUUUUUCUCCGUCUCUCUCUAGCUUUUCGUCUGUAAUACAACAAUAAUAAUAAAGGUCGUCUCACUCGUGUCUACUCACACACGUUGUACACACUACUGUAAUAUUAUAACUAAUAAGUACUGCUACUACUAUUAAUACUACUACCAUUACUUACUACCACUACUACUACUACUACUACUACUACUACUACUACUACUACUACACUACUACUACUACUACUACACUAUUACUACACUUCUAUUACAGUACUACUACCAGUCAUGUGGUAUUGUUUCGACUAGUGCGACAGACGCCCGGCGCGUGCGCGCUACCACGAAUAAUUGAUUUUUACCACCUGUGGAACACGCGCACGCACGCACAUAUAUGUAGUUUGCUGCUGCUGGUGAAUCAGACGGCUCUAUAUAUUAUUAUAACACCACUGUUGUUAUCGAUAUUUUAUAUUUUAUUAUUAUUAUGACGUUCUAUACGACGUCGGUAUAUAAUAUAUACGUAUUUGUAGGUGUAGUACAAACGUUGUUUUCGGCUGGGAUAUAUAAUAAUAUAGGGGACAAUGGAAGACGGUUUUUUUUUUUUGUUGACUGCUCAUCAGUAUACCUAGGUACUAAAUAUUAAUGUACUGUAUAAUGCCGGUGUCGGUCAAAAAAAUGUUUUCCCAUAUUAUAACGUUUACCUAUAUAUUGUAUAAAUUAGAAAAAUAUCGUACGAUUUCUUUUGGGUUUUCAGAUAUUUUGUUUGUUCUUAUUAAUAAUUAUUUUCAUGUACCUAUAAUAGUGCAUUCACUUGCACCGCGUAGCAAAAAUAUUAUUAUCGUCACCAAAAUUUUGUCGUUUAUUGUUUUAGAUGUCGUAUUGAAAUUAAACGGCAUGUGUACUUGGCGUCUUUAUCCUUAUACUGUACGUUUAUACAUAGGUAUGUUUACUAAUACGUCAUAUUUCUGCUUGACAAACACUGGAAACUACAAUAUUAUAAACGUUUUAUAAAAUUAUAGUUGUUUUCAAAAACAAAAUAAAAAGGACUACCUGAUCUGCCUUAAAUAUUUCAUUGUUGGAGAAACGGCUGUUUGUUUGACGGGACGAUAGAUAAUCCAAAAAGAUUCUAGAAUUGAGUCAGAAUAAGCGUAUUCAGAUCAAUUUCAUAGGGGCCGAUAUUAAAAUAUCUGAUAAGCCAUUUUUUUUUUUUUCGAAAUUCGGACUUAAAAAUUAAAGAUUCUGUAUUUAUAUAUCAGUUGUGACUUAUCACCUAUACAAGCGUAUCUCGUCGUAAAUUAUUUUAGAAUUUUUUAAAUAUGAGAAGUUUUCAUGUAAUAAUGAUACUAUGUGACAUUUUUAGGGAGGUUUUUGAUUUUCGAAUAGUAUAGAUAGAUAUCCUAUUAGUAUAAUAUACCAAAAGAUGCUCAACACGUGAGUAAAUAAACUUGUAAUAUAAAAUUUAAAAGAUAUAAAGCCGUUCAUAGAAUGGCUGUAGAAAGUAUAAAUGAUAUCCAACCCUAUAAAAUUAUAAUUAUAAACGUGCAAUUUUAAAUUCUUAGCGUGGUGAGGGAGCUAUUGGUUUUACAAUGGUGUUUAUUUUUUUUUCUAUCUUUGUUCUAGACUGUGGACACAUUUUUGCCUAGUAAACUUGCUUCAAUUUUUACGUGUAGCAACUUUACUGAAAGCUCAAGUUGUCUAGAUUGUACUUUAAGACGUCAUUUUUUAAAUAAAAGCACUUCGGUGGGAAAAAAAACUUAGGAAAAUGUACAAUUUCACGAUUUCAUUAUUUUAUAAAAACACUGACAACGUUUUCUACCAGAAAAAAUGAUUAAAUCGAAAAUUCACAAGAUGUCUUUUUUGUUGCAUUUUUGGUUUAUUUUCUUACGGUAUCGUCGCCAAAAAUUUUGAGCCAUUUUGUGAGCUUUUAAGGAAUUUUAACUUUUUGGAAUUUUUUGCUGUGAUUUGGUUAUAAAUACACGUAGAGACUUGAAACUUGGUAAUAAUACUUAUGUUGGAUUUACCUAGACGUAGUAACAUUUUUAAAAUCAUCGGAUAAUUUUUUUUUUCCUUUUUUUUUUAUACUGUAGACCACUUUUAUCCUAGAAAACUUGCUUUGAUGUAUAGGUGUAGCACCUUUUCUGAAAUUCCAUUUUAUCUACUUAGUAAAUACAUAGAUCAUUUUUUGAUUUUCGAAACAGUGUUUAAAAUAAAAACGAUGAAACGGAAAAAAAAAACAAGAUUUUUUUACGUUUUCUAGCACAAAUAUGGCUCAAAUUGAAAAACGACGAGACCUUUUUUGUUGAAUAAUUAAUCUUUUUUUAAUGAUACAGUUCGUUUUUUUUUAUUUUUGACUUAGUUUUCAUAAAAAUCGGAAAAAUCAGAAGAAGACGAAGUUGUUGUAAUUCAAUUUAAAAUAUUUGUAGCGACUUUAAAAAUGAACAGAAUGCUCACAUUUGGUAAUCAAAUUUAAACGAAAAUCGCAAAAUAAAAAUUAUGUAUUACUGAACCGCGCUCAGAAUCGUCUGUCGUCAGAAAUGGUUUAUCGUUGCUUACAGAUAUAAAUGAAACAACCUUAUGUGUCCUACCUUCCCAACGUAUCAGCUUUUUUUUUUUUUUUUCAAAGAUAUUAACUGCUUCUUUUCGUCUUUCUUCAAACAUUAAAACACGUAUAUACUUUUUUCUUGCAUUUCAGUAACAUUUUUUAGUGCAGCAUAAUUUUUACCAUUGAGUAAUAAUUAUAAUUCAUAAAUCAAUAUUUAAGUUUGUCUAUAUUACAUGAGUACCUACUACUGUAUACAUUUACUUGUCGUACGUGUAAGUUCAUGUAGCGGUUAAUGACUCGUAUUUCUGUAUUCGUAAUUUUCGGUCGAUACCCGAAAAAUAUUAUUAAUUAUUUUAUAAUUUAAGCACUGUGAUUUGUAUCGGCAAUAAUUGACCAUUUUCGCGCUAAACUAAUUACUAUAAUUUAAAUUUUAUUUGUUUUUUUUUUUUAUUUCAUUUCAAAUCGUCUUCAGAGCGUUAUAAUAAUAUAUUAUUAUUAUUAUUGGGUAAAAAAAAAAUAGAUUAUUAUUGAAACAUAUUAUUAUACCAAAAAAUAUAAGAUAAUUAUAUAAUAAUAAUUAUAAUCGCAUCAGUAAUAAUAAUAAUAAAAAAAAUUAUAAUUUUAUCGACACCGAAUCGUAUUAUUAUAAAAUAUGAAUAGGUCACCUUAACAAUAAUGUAUUGUAUGCAACGCAAAUAGUAAUGUGCGUUAAUCGAAAUAUAUAAAAUUCAAAAAGUAAUUAUUUUUAAUUCUUUUAAUAUAUAAUCAUAUAUAUAUAUUACAUAAAUUGCUGUGUUUACUUAAUAAUAAUAUAAUUAUAUAAGAAUACAAACAAAUUUGACAAGGUAUAGGGUACAUAAAGUUGUUUAAUUUAUAUCUGUACGCACCAAUAAACUGCUAACGUAUUACGAUUCCGAGCGAAGUCCAUGUUUUGAAAUACCGUAGUUUUUAAAAUUUUCGUUAAAAUUUGAUCCUAAAACCUUUUUUUUUUUAAAUAAAACUACAUUAUACUACAUUACGUUCCAAUAUUUUUUUUAUUGUAAAGUAAAACUAACAAAGAAUCUCGUAUUAAAUCUUUUCUGUUGGAAUAGUUGAAACUGAAAAUGUUGGGUACGAAUAUUUUUAACCAAAUUAUAACAAAACAAAAUUUAAAGUAUUGUAACCGUAUUAUUAACGUAAACUUUCCCAUUUUUCCUAUGAUUUUCUCUGUUUUGUCCAAUUAUUAAGAAAACUAGAAAAAAAAAAAUCAAAUAACGACUUUCUUUCGCAUUAAUUAAACAUAAUUCUCUUUGAAAAGAAAAGUCACAUUUGAAUUUCGAGAUAAAUUGCAAGAUAAAAAAAAUUGAAAAUGUUAAAAAUAAUGAAAUUGUAAAUGCCAUAAAUUAGUUUGUUUUUAAUUUUUAAUUUUUUUUUUUUUUUUUUUUUCUCAAUUAUUAUAAAAAAAAAAAAAAAAAAAAACCCUUGUAAAAAAUUACCUUUUCAGUGCACCAAUUAUAAUAAUAAUAAUAAUAUAUUGUAACAAUAACAUAUUAACAACUGACAUCUUAAUAACAUAUGAAUAAAUGUUGCAGCACCUCCUAUAAGCAAAGCUUAUGCUAGGGAAGCAGUUCUUAACCUGUUAAUAUACUAGUAUUAAUUUAAAAAUAAACAAUAAACAGUAAUUAUUUAAAAAAAUAAUAAAUAAAUUAAGAUGCUCAAUAUGAAUUUUAAAAGACUUAAGAUUAUUUACAUUAGUAUUUAACGAUUAACAUAAUUUUAAGCUUUGAUAUAAAAUACUUCUUUAACCAAAAACUUUAUGGUAGUUGAGUAAACGCAUGUUAAUGUUGUGUUUGUAUCUUGAACCAUGAUCGUGAUCAAGGAGAGAAACUAAAUGCUUAUUUGUAUAAAAUUCUAUCAAAAUAACCCGGUUAGAAAUAAACUUAAAAAUCAUUUACCUUAAAUUCCUAUUAGAUUAAUUUAGAGCUAGUAUGCCUAGACAAAUUCGGUAAAUAUUUAAUGACACAAUUUAUAGUAGCUAUUAAUCCGGAUAUAUGAUUAUUAGAGAUUCUUUCCCAUAUCGCAACACCAUACGAAAAAAACUGACUGUACCAAAGAUAGAUAAAUAAUUCUUUUAUAAGAAUUAUAAUAUAAAAUAUAUCUAAUUUCUUUAAAAAUGAACUAGAAUUUUCAUAUAAUGUUAUUAAUAUAAUUAAUCCCAUUUAAAUUCUAUAAUCAAGAAUUAGACUAAGAUAUAUUUUAACUUCUUUCACAUUUUGAAGUUUAACGCACAUUGGCCCGCACAUGUAUUACUCGGAAAAGAGUUAAAUUUUAUAGAAUGCACUUCUAAAUUGUAUUCAUUUAAAAUGUUUAGAUUUUUUUAGAAAAUUAGAUCCAAAAAGCAUCAAAACAGGUCUUUGUCAUUUUCGAUUGAAACAAGAAUUUUGGUAGAAAAGUUGUUCACAGAAAAAAUAAUAAUAAGCACAUAUCAUAAAAUCGAAUACAUUCCUCCCUCUACACAGAGUCGAUGUAAGAUUCUAAUUUAAAAGACCCGUUUAAAACGAAUCAAAUUUUAUUUUUCCAUUGAGACGGCGCCGGCACAGAUUAUAAUUUAAAGGAAUGAAUCUCUUACACAUACCUAUACAAUAAAAAAUAUAAACACGGCCAUGAAUAUUUAUAUACAAUUUAAAUGGUAAAAAUGUUCAAUUAUUCCGGUCGUUACAAUAUUACUAUGUAUGCACAAUAAUAGUUAUUAAUGGCGAUCGAUUAGUUUUUUUUUUAAGCGCGAUGAUGAUGACGACACCGAGUCAUUGUAAAUAUGAAUUCCGCCCACAAAAUAUCUCAAUAACCAUCGAUUAAAAAACGCAACGUUGAUGAGAUAAUCCACUUUUAGUGAAACACUGUUCCAACACUACGUGCCAUGCUAUAACACAAAAUAUACUCCACUAUUCUCCCCCCUUAAUCACUAUUAAAGGUGGAAUAUCUCGUAAACGAGUUGACGGAAUUUAAAAUGUCAACACCAUAAUGUAAUUUUUACAUUUAAUAACUUCACUUAUUUAUGUUGUAAUAGAUUGCUAUUUGAAAAUCAAAAGUAAGUGGUGGUUUUAUCUUUUCCUCUUCCCCCCCCCCAAAAAAAAAUACAUAUAUUAGUAACAUAAACGGAGAAAUGAAGAAUAUUUUAUUCUUAAAAGUUUUUUCAUAAGUAAUAUUUUUGAAAAAAAAAGUAUUUCAUUGAUGAUUUGACAACAACAUGGAAGUCUGAAAGUAUAAGAGUAGUUACCACGCGGUUUUCAUUAGUUAUAAAUUAUGAAUGAUCUUUGUCGUCUCAGUCAGCAGUGUCAUAUUGCUUUUUUUAGCUAAAAGUACAUCAGUUUAAAGACAUCAUCAUUUGGUUCCCUUAAAAGAUCGAUUCCCUUGCAUUUUGCCUUUUUUUCAUUCUGCACUGUAUUAGAUGUGGUCAUCGUGCACCUCUCCGUAUUCGCAUUCUACAAUAUCUCCUAUUUCCACCGUACAAGAUUCUUGUUUGCUUUUGCGACUUUGACCCAGAAACGAUUUAAAGUCUUCCAAAGUCCAUAUUUCAGGUUUCUUCCCGGAGCAGAUCCUUAAUUGUUCUUGUCCAUGUUGGUUAUUCGGUUUUAUAUUUAUCGUUACAUUUUUAAAGGCGUUCGGAUGAUUUUGAUUGUAAAGUGUCUAUAGUGCUAUUCAGAAAACUAUGCUUCGACUUUAAUCCGCUGUUAAUUGGUUUGUAUCCGUGCAAGGGGUGUUUUCGUCAAAGUUGCAUUUCUUUUUUUCUCCUGUCACCUGUCGUCUAACGUCUGGUGGAGCUAUGCCACCGAGUAUGUAUAGUUUGCUAGUAAUUGUUGGUUUUAAGCACCUUGUGAUUAUUCUGCAGGUUUCAUUAACUGCUACCUCAUAAAUUAUGAUAAUAAAUAUUACUAAAUACGUAUAAUAUUUUAUAAAUUAAUAUAUUACAAAAUUAAAUAAUAAAUCAUUAUAAUUAUAAUACCUAUUUACAUAUUAUUACAUUAUGCAUUGUGUAUAAAUAUUGUACACGUUUAAUAGGUAAUAGUAUUAAAUAUUUUCCCUUGUGUGUACUUAAAAUAGUUCCGUCUUAUGAAAGAAAGUGUUUAGUUUAAAAAAAUGCACAGAUCGGGUAAAUUUGUUUGUUUAUAUUACAAAAAUGGUCUAGUACGCUCAAUUAUAUAACUUUAGUUCCACCUAUGAAAUAAUAUAUUCGUGAUAAGUCAAAAGUAUCAAUUGUGUUUUGUCGUUCGAUACUAUUUAUUUAUAAAUUCGUCUGUGGUCAUGCGCAAAGUUCAAAUUUAAAUUUAAGACAUUUACUGUCUUCAGGAACAGAAGAAAUGGAGUUUAAAAUGUUGGCGACACCUGGAAGAUAUUCAUCUCGCAUAUACCUACAAAGGAUAUUUUAUCGAUAUAUAUUUACAUUAUAAUAUUUUAUUCUUAGCGGUUCUUUUUUUCGCGGUAUUUUAACGGUACCUAUAUAAAACACUAAAAGCUCUGUAUAUUGCAUAGUCAGUGUGAAUCCCUCUCUUUUAGCUCUCGAGCCGUACCGUUGUCGACUUGUGUGGGUGUGUGUGUGUGUGUGUGUGUGUAUGAGCAAUAUUAUAUAUAUUUUAAAUAUAUUUAUAUAUAUAUAUAUAUAUAUAUAUAUAUAUAGAACGUCCGUGAGGUACGGCAGCUUGGAAAUUGAAUUUGGCGACGAACCGCCACGAUUUUUCGAUUACGCGACGCGUCUGCCGGUCGCCGCCAAGCGUUCCGCGCGCGUGACCGUCUAUCGAUUCGCGGUGGUGGCGGCGGCGGCGUAGGCGUUUCUGCCGAGCGAAUUAUAGGGUUAAGAACUUCUCGCGCGCGUCUGGUUCGUUAGUCGGCACCGCCGCCGGUUCGUUUACCGCCAGUGCACUGCUGGUGAAGUCGUCGUCGGCUACGUAGUUCUCGUAGCACCGUACACGUGGUUAUUAUAAUACAGGCAGUAAGAUAUUCCUUAUACGCGACGUAAUUCGAUAACCGUAUAUAUCAUAUAAAUAUACCGAUCAUCUAAACGAAUUUUUUUUUCGUAUAUACGGUUAAAUACCGUUGAUAUCUAUUUAAUAAUUUUAUUAUAACGGUAUUGAUCCGAUAUGAAAUUUUUCCGAUGUUUGAUAAUUACCUAACUUAUGGAUAGAUCAGUUAAAAAUCCAAUUUUUUAAACAUUUUUCACAUUUUCAGACAUUUUUUUUUAACGAAAUAGUAUCUAGUCAAAUAUAGGUUUUGAAAAAAAACUUGAUAUACUCACCACUUAAAAUAUUGUCACCCGCCGCGGAUUGCGAGACUAUGGUAACCACUGACGUAUAAUACGUAUGUUAAUACUAUCACGUCGCCCAACUAUUCUAGACGUACAGUGGCGUAUUUAUGAUUUGAUUUUUUUUUUUAUGGGGGGCUUCAUUUACUUAGUUUAGACGAAUAAAUCAUACCAAGCUCACUAAUAUUUUAGAAUUUGUGUGCCUCUGAUGAAUGUAAACCUCUAAAACUACCCCGUAAAUACGAAACUGCAGCUGUUUAUAUUUAAAAUAAAUUAUAGAAAUCUGAUAACAGACGAUUUUUAAUAAUAACCGAUUGUAUCCUAGCAACUGUUAAUCGUAGUAAUGGGUUUCUCAACUUGUCGAGCCUUUGGAAUGAUAUUUUCUAAUUGGCUUGAAUUCGAUUAAAUUUUAUUUUUACUUGAUUUUAUUAAACAACUUUUAUUCUAUAUCACACUAUAUUAUUAUUAUAUUUAUUUAUUAUGUUUAUAUUAUUAUAAAUAUAAUAUUAUCUACUUUACUAAAUAAUGUAACGUAAAUGUAACCUACCGUUUUGAAAAUCAAAAAAACGACUUCAUUUAUGCACUAACAUUGUCAUAUUUUGACUGGAGUAAGAUUUCUGGUAGAAAAACUUCCAGGCACAAAUAAAAAGUAUUCUUCAUCAUAGUAAAACCAAAAUAAUAUAAAAUAUUUAAUCAGUUAACAUAUUUAUAUCUGCCGCUGUUUUUUUAAAAAAUAUAAUUUCAUUAAAUUCUUAUUAGUUAAAUUUUGGUGUGUAUUGUUUUUCGUACACAAAAAUUACCUUAUUUUUUUUCUUUUUAAGAUAGUGACACUUAGACAGGGAAGGAAGGGAAGAACAGGUCAUUACAUAUAUUUUUUUUUUCGCUUAUCGCUCUUAAUAUUAUUUUUGUGAGCCAAUAAGCCUCCCCUGAAAAUAAGGGCCUCAUAAUUAACCCUGCAUAUUGGCCUCCAAAUCCCUAGUUUUGACAUUGCUCAUAUAUUACUUCGGUUGAAAUAUUUUGGUCAUGUCUACUAAGACGUCUACGGGAGUAAAAUUCAACUCAUGGCUAUGCUAAUUUUAGUGUUGACCGUAUAAUAAGUAUGUUGGAUAUAUAUUAUGGUGUCAAGCAUUUCAUAUUACAAUCACAAUAAGCUGUAAUCAUAUUAGUCGCAUCACAAAAAAAACUACCUAAUAAAACAAAUUCAAUUUCACGCGACACGAGUUGUGAACUCUGCUUAACGUACACAUUUCUGAAACCAUAUCGCUGGCCCUGUAUUAGGUUAAGAGACUAUAACUUACAGUGGCUCCUGUCCGCUGGUUGGUGACAGUCACUGUUGACGAAACGUUUACACGAUUAAUUUAAAAUAACCGUGCCUGAUGGUGUUAGAAAUAAUACGUUUCUAGGACGAAUUUUCAGAACUGUUUCUGCGCAGUCUAUUAUAAUGUGAAAAACACUCGUCGGAGUGCUGAAGUGGCUGGCUUCAAGGGUGGGAAGGGAGUGGUAUCCCGUGGAUAAAAAUUGAUGUUUUUAGAGAGGUUCGUGUGUGCGUGAUGAUGGUGGUGGUGGUGGUGUCGGUGUCGGUGUCGGCAGUGGUGGCUUACUCGUGGAAACGGUUGAGGUGGCGGCGGUGGCGGUGGUCGUCGUCCGAUGUGGAAAAUCCAUAAAAACCGAGAAAAAAAAGAAAACGGGCAACUCCCUCGGGCGAAACGCGCGGGAAUACACCCAGUACACAGCGGUGGGGCGCGGGUCACGUUAUAAUAAGCGCGGGAAACGCUCUCGAGUAUAUAGGCGAAUGCGCGGGGGCGGCGUUACAGAUAUUACGAUUAUUAUCAUUAUUAUUACUAUAUAGUGCGUGCACGAACAGGAGCGCCAUCUGAACAAUCCAAUACGCACCGAGAGCCACGUGUUGAGUCACGUGUAGCGGGGGCGAUGCAUCACACCGCCGUCGUUUCACGCCGCGACCACCGCCGCGCGAGAAGAAUUUAUUCGUGCGCGCCGCAAGGGAAACAUAUUAUUAUGCGACAGACGGUUCUUUCCGCGUAAAACGGAAACCAAAGGAUAAUAUAUCGCCAACAAUCGGAUAGUAAUACGAAAGACGUCAUCCUUUCGUGAAAUUAACAGACAACAAUAAUAGUUUUUUUUAUGAAACCAUUUUAUUGGUGUUUUAAAUUCUGAGCGCACUGAUGUAUUGGUUUUACUAUGGUCUGUGUUUUUUUUUUCUAAGCAUUGAUGCAUCGAGAAGGUCAUUUUUUAAUUUUCCAAAUAGUUUUUGCCCCAAAAAAGAUAACUUGGAAAAUAUCGAGGCUUGUGCGGUAAAUUAUGUGGGGCCUUGAUAAUUUUUUUUCCCUUUUCACUUUUUAAUACCAAAUGUAGAUAGAUCUUUAUAAUAUAUAUCUUCUUCGUUCUUUACUUUUAAUUUAUGUUUCUCCAAACAAUUAAAUUAAAUUAUUUGCUAUAAUUGUAAAUUGAAACAGGACUCUAUAUAAAGCUUGCCAUCAAGGCAGCCUUGCCACUGCAACAGUAUUUUAAGUACAGGUUGUACGAAUAUUAUCAUAAUAGUAACACACUUUAUACAGGCUGUCUUACGAAAAUAUACUCCUUGAAUAUCUCCGGAGAUAAUAAUGAUAACCAAAUUCAAAUUUUUUUUUUUUUUUUUUUUUAUAUAUAUAUAUAUAUAUAUAUAUAUAUAUACUACUCACAGAGAAGAGGACCACAAAUAUGUAUACUUGAAUUUUUUUUUUUUUCAACUAAAAUGAAAAAAUAACUUUAUUUUAUUAUUUUCGGAAAAUUUUAAGACAGCCAUUCUGUAAUGAUUAUUUUGACGUAUGUGUUAAUGUACAUUAAAAUGUUCAGAAAAAUUAUCUUUAUAGAAUAGCUAGCUGUCUUAGAAAUUCCGAAAAUAAUAAAAUAAAGUUUUUUUUUAAAAUUUGUUUAAUAAAACAAAAAAUUCAAUUAUAAAUAUUUGUAGUUAUGAGAAAUAUAUAUAUAUAUAUAAAACAGAAUUUGAUUAUCUUUAUUUCUCCGGAGAUAUUCAAGAGUUAUCACAUCUUCGUGUGACAGCCUGUAUUAUGUCUGAUCGAUAAACGCGCAUUUUAAUGUUUAUGCAUUUUUUUUUUUACAAUUGCGUAGGCAUUAUAGUAUUAUACUGUGCUAUGUACCUAUACAGUUCACGUGUCGUUGUCGUCGGACGUGACGGGUAGGAGGUUUGCGAGCGCGGUUUGUCGAAUAUCGGUAGGCUAGCCGAAAAAUGGGGGAAGGGGGUCGAGUGAGAAUAAAGGGGGUUUUGCAACGCAAUUGAGGACGAACGCGUCUCGACAAGAAUAUUAAAAACGACGACACGCGGACGGAUAUUAUUCCGCUUUGUGGCGUAUCCGCGGCUUUACGGUGCGUGUCUCGGUUCCGAGCCGUUUCGCAAUCAAAGACCUCGGUUAUCACGCUGUACACGAUUACGCAUCACAACGCACGUACGCGUAUAAUAUAAAGGGAGAUUCACACUAGAGUUUUUAAGCGUUUACCUAUUUUCGAUAAAACGCUAUUUUUUUCGAUUUUUGUCCGCUGCAGUUCGUUAUUAUUGACUAAGUUAUCGUAAAUAAAUAUUAGGCUUUUAGAGAUAAGUACACUGGAUACGAGAAUCGUUGUACUCUCGGCAUUUUUGGAGAGUCAAACGCAGUUGUAGUAUUUAUUUUACCCGCGCUAUUUAAAAGUGCUACGAAACUCGCCAUACCUUUGUGCAUUUCGGGUUAAGGUUAAAAAAUCAUAGUUAUAUUUAAUUAUUUCAAAUAAAUAAUAAUAAUUAUGUUGUUAUUUAUUUACGAAAACAAAAUGUAAAAGAUAAUUUGUAUAAAUUUCGAAAAAAUUCGGUUUUAUAUGCUCUUUGGAGCGAUAAAAAGUGAAUUAAUAAAAUUGCCUUUCUAAGCAAUCGUAAAAUUAACAUAGAGAAGAUAUAGCCUGUGUCCCGAAUUUGUCUUUUCUAAGACCGUGAUAGUGAUAAAAACGAUAAGGGACCACUGGUACAUUACAUAUUUCAUUGAUACCAACCGUUUUCUCUUAAAAUAUUAUGUCGGGUUAUGUGAGGUUUUUAUGCUUUUUUACUCCAAAAUAUGCUGGCCUACCCAAUGUGUCAUUUUCCUUUUCCUCCCCGUUUCCUCGAUUACAUAUACGCGUUUUGAACGAAUAAAGGUUUUCACUUCAAAACAGUACCUAUUUGGUUAAGAUGUUGCAUGCAAAAUAAAUUCAAUUUUUUUUUCGAUGGUCAGUAUUGCAUUGGUCCGUAUAGCGGCUACAAUGAUUCCCUUAUUAUUAAUGUGAUAACUACAGGGUACUACCCUAGUAUUCUGAGAUCAGACAGAUGUUAUUGUUUUUUAUCUGCAUAAUCAAAUGCGAUUAUUGGAAACAGACCUGGAACUAUCUAAUAAUCUAUCUAUAAUAAUAUGUAUAGUGUGUAAAUCGCCCUUCAAACAUUUUUUUAUUCCGUCAUCAAUUAUAUUAUAAUAAUAUAUAAUUGUUAUUAGUAUUUUUUUUUAAUUUUACGAUACCGAUAACGACGUUAUAUUAUAAUAAUUAUUAUCGGCCUAGUCUAAAUAAUAUAAUUACACUUGUAUUAGGUUGUAUUAUGAUAAUGUAUUAAUGUAUAAUAUUGCGUAUUGAAGAUAACGCCAACUAUAAUAUUACUCUCUGUCGGCGGUUCCUCUUCCGUCCGUUUUAUUUGUCAAUCGAGUAUCGUAUGUUUUUAUUUUUUUUUUUUCUAUUUAAUAUUCGAUCACUAGACGGUUUUUUGUGUUUGUGUUUGUUCGUGGUAUUAUUGAAAUGACGUUUGUAGCGUUGGUUAACGCUCUUCGUUCUGAUCGUCUACAAGUAUUAUAUCAUAUAAUAUUAUAAUAUUGUAAUAUGUACAAGUGGAUACUUGAGGAAAAUAACUGUUUUGAAAAUUACCGACUACUGGUAAUUUUUAUAUCUAAUAAUGUAAUUUUGUUAUUUUUUUUAAAAAAACUAACAAAUUAUUAUUGCACGCAUCUUACUCAAUUCCUUAUAAAUAUUUUUUAAACAAUAAACUAUAAUUCCUUGUAUCAGGUUAAAUAAAUUAAAUGUCUAGUAAAUUUGUAAAUGAUUUCCAGGAAAUUUUUUGUGUGCAUACGCCCUUCUUACAAUGUCCGGUUAGCGCUAAUAGGCGUUUAAAUUAGCCGAAAACCCGAAAAAUGCUAUCAAUUAACUCACGGUUAGCACCUAACCAAUACAUUAAGAAACAUUGUAAAACCAGACUUACAGUACCUAUAUUUUGGUACUUAUUGUGUAAUACCUAUCUUCUUCCUUUAUAUGAAUUUCGGCCUGGUUUGCUUUAAGUUGUAAUUUACUUGUUUAUUUUUUAUAGCAUUUUUAAGUGAACUGAUGUAUAUAUUUAAUUGGUGAAGUUUGUUUUUAUGUAAUAAUUAAAUCGUUUACUAUAUUUCAUUAUACUGUUCAGUACUUUUUGUGUAUUAUUUUACAUAAUGGCCUGAUUACCUAAGAAAUCUUCUUUUGAAAAUAAAUUAUAAUGCCAUAAUCAUAGGUGUGCGCAGAUCUGAAUUUCGGGAGGUGCUUACAAUAUUUUUGGUCGCUUUUAUUAAUUUGGGCCCAAUAUUGCCAAGACAUGUACAUAUUUUAAUCAAUUUUAAUGUACGAAUAAACAUUACUUAAUUUUUUAUUUAAUAUUCUAAUACAACAAUUAUAAAUAUUUAAUAACAUUGCUGAAAAUUAUUAAACUCAUUAAUAACGUUAUCUACUUCAACAUUAGAGGCCAUUUCUUGUUCUGUCAAAAGUAAAGUUAAUGAUUCUAAACGGUUUUGAACCGUGCUACUUCUUAAUUUAUUUUUCACAAUGUUUAAUUUUGAAACUACCCAUUCACAAAAACAACUAGUAACGGGACAGUGCUAAAAAUGUAUAGUAUUUUUAAAAAAAACAACUAAAAAUAUUAUAUCUACUGGAGUCUUUUUACCAAUAAUCCAGCCGCAAAAACACAGAAUCAUUAGUUGUACCUUUAGGAAUAUUGUUGUCUGUGGAGUUCUUGACAAGUUUGAUUUCAACAAUCAAAGUGUUUGAUGAAAUAUUCGCAAACUUUUCCAAAAUGGCAGCUACAACAUUAAAGUCACAUUUUAAAUUCUGAGUGGAGCAAAGAAGCUUAUGGUUUUGCAUUGAUGUUAAUUUUUUUAUUUCUGUGGAAAACUUUUUUAUUAGAGAUCUUGCUCAUUUUACGUGAUUUUUUCUUUUCUGGGAGGAAAUUAAGUAUGGGGAGGUACUUUAGAGUGGUCACUUUUCGAUUUUCUCGUGGGUUUUCCCAGAAAAUGUGAAAACCAAGAAAAAACCUAAGAAAAAUGGGGAAAUCACUACAUUAAACAAAUAUUAUUAAAGAUAAUGUAUAAUGCCUAUUUAAUUAACUUACCAUAAUAUGACAUAUAUAUUGUUGACAAAGCAACACUAUUAACCAAAUUUCGUUUUACCUUUCCAACCUUUCACCUACAACAGCGGCCCACCCACUUGCGAAAUGUAUCCCUUUUUUUUAGAUUCUGAGUGGAACGAAGAAGUUUUUAGUUUUACAAAGAUGUUUAUUUUUUUUUUUAUCAGAAGACUGACUUGCUCGGAUUUCUACGUGUAGCACCUUUUCUGAAUGGAAAUCGGCGUAGGGAAGUACUAUAAGGGGGUAAUUUUUCGGUUUUUUCAAGAGUUUUCUCAUCCAAUGUGAAAAACCGAAUAAAACUUAAAAUUUACGAAAUAUAAUCUUACGAUUUCUUUUUUCUGUGGACAUUUUUUCUACCAGUAAUUUUACUCCAAUUUUUAAUGAUAGCAAAGUUUCUAAAAGGAAAUUUCACUAGAGAGAUGCUUAAGAAGUACAACAUUCAUCAAAUUUUAUUAAAGAAAGUAUAUAAAGCCUAUAUACUACAAAAUUACAUAUAUAUUGUUGAUGAAGCAUUACUAUCAACUAAACUCUGCUCAGAAUCGUUCUUUGUAAGCAAUGGUUUAUCGUUGCUUACAGAUGCACUUCAAAUUUCUGUCUAUAUCCUACCUUCCCAACUUUUUACCUACGCCAGUGGCCGCACCCGUCCCCUUUAUUUUACCUCUUUUUUUCAUUCGUAACCCUUAAGUAGGUUCUUAUAUACAGGGUGUAUCUACAGGGUUUGACUAUUGCAAAUGCAAUUGCAUAUACUACGUAAUUAGAUAAUUGACAAUUCUUCCACAUACUCUAUUCUGCAUCUUUGUUGUAAAUACUAAUGAAACGUCAAACGAAUUCGUGACGAAUGACAACUAAAUAAUUUUAACGAUUAAAUGUUAUCGCUGUCGUGCUAAAAGAUCUUAGUGAAAUUUUGUGAUGUGUUAUCUUAUUGAUAAACUUACAUUUGAUAUUUCCAAUGGUCUGAUAAAUCACAAACUUAUUUGAUUUUCAAAAUUGUCGUCUUAAAAUAUCUAUAAAAAAAAAGUUAAUAAUUUUAACCUUUUAGAUCGUUCGGUUUUAUUUUCAUCCAUAACUUGGAAAUAUGUUAAAAACUUAUUAUAAUUUUACAAUAACAGCUAAAAACUAACAAAACUUUAACUAAAAUUAAAAAUAUAAGCUUUAACACUCAGUCAGAAUUAUAAUAACUACUAAUAACAGACGUAACUCGGUUGGUUGGUUUUUCUACACCCCAAAGAAGUUUCAAUACUUCUUGAAGACAUGAAGUUUAUUUGAUGCUUGGUCACUUUUUGCAAGUUAAUUUAAUAUAAUUAUAAUAAUAAUACACAUUAGGUAAUGGAGAAAUAUCACAGUUGUUUUUUUGAGUGUUGUUUAGUGGCUAUAGCCGGCCGCGUGCGGUCAAUUUAUAAUAGGUAUAUAAUUAUAUUACUGUGGUUAUGUUAGGUUAGGCUAUGUUAGGCGAUAUAGAGGACGAUCGUGGUCGGAAUCAUAUAAUAUUAUAACGAUCGGCGGUGGACGCCCUCUUUGUACACGCCCCGCACGGUAUAAACCACCUCUACCGUUGCUGUGUUUAUAACACAAUCGUUAAGUAGGUACACGUGAAAGUUUAAAACGUUUUUAAAAGGAUAAUUUCAGAUAGCUCUAUACUCGUACACGCCUACCGAAACCCUAAAAUCAGAACCCAACUCUGACUGUGUUAUUAUAUAUUUGAUACCAGGGAGAAUAAGUGCUUGAGUCAAUUAUGUUACAUUUUCAAUACAAACAAAUUAAAUUUUGAGAAUUGUUAAAUGACAAAAUGUCAUACUAUAUAUGUCUAAAUAUCAAUAAAUGGCCUAAUCUAAAUAUAGGCGUUCUAAAUGGCUUAAUUCAUAUAAUAAUUAUAAUGGCUAAUGUUUGUCUUGCCAAACAAAUGUGAUUUAAGGUAUUUUAAUUUUCCGUUUAAUAUAUGUUGAAACAUGCACAGGCUUAUUCGAUUAAGGCCAAAAGAUAAAUGCUGAAUAGCACACGUUAAAUUGUUCAAGACAAAAAUACUUAAUAUUUCUGAAAAGAACUUACUAAUACAUUUCAUGUAAUAAGUAUAAUUAAUACUGUUAUAGUGUGAAGCAUAAUCAAUAAAUAAAUAAAAGUUUCUACAGUAACUUUAUGACAUAUAAGACUUUAGGUGCUUAAAGUAUUUUUUGUAAUUUUUUUUAACAAAUUUUAAAAUUUUAUUUCUGCAUUUAACAAUUCAUAUAUAAUCGUAUAGUAUAUAAUUAUAUGAACGCGGCGGGUUAUCCUUUUAUAAUAUUUUCGUUUUCACUCGACGUUCCUUGACAGUGUACUUUUUAAAAUUAUUUCAAAUUGACAAGGACCACAUAUCGUUUUUUUUUGUUUUCUCGUUUACCACCGAGCGCUAAACCUGGAAUUCACCUGUGUAAUCUGUCGCAUUCUCUUCGCGUCGUCUUCACAAUAUCGUUUUUUGUAAAAAAAAAAAAAAAAAAAUUAAAAAAAAAUUAAUAAAUAAAUAUAAUAACAAUAAGAAUAAACGUUAUAAUAUACGACAAAAUUUGUGGUGGUUUUCGAACAGUAGGUAAUAUAUUGAUAUGGGUAUAGAAUUUUUUUUCCACCGUCCAUGCGCCAUCGCGGUGUUAAAAUCGGCGGAUGAGGUGACGGAGAAGGAAAAAAUAACAAUAAAAAAAAAAAAAAUGUGCGGUGUGGCGUGUGUAUAUAGUCUUCGCUUGCCAUCGUCUUUAAUAAUUCUCGGCCUGUUGACGCGCGCGUUUUUUACUAUACAUACGAUUAUUAAUAUUUUUAUAUAUACAGGGUGUAACAGGACUAUUUACCAUUUGAAAUAAUUUUUGUUCUAGACAACAUUUAAAUUUAUUUUUUUUUUUUUAUAAUGAUUAGUACUUAUAACUACGCUACAUUUAAAAUAUUACGUUUAUUUUUUUUGUUUAGGUGGGUGGAGGUACUUAAAAUAAAAAAUUUUAAAUUGUACUAUAACUAUACUAAUAUAAAAUUCAAGAUGGUAAUUUUGUUAAAAUAGAUUUUUAGAAAAAUGUUGUGGAUAAAACUUUCAUUUAGGUUCAUUAUGGUCAUUUAUUUUCUACGAUUUUUUGAAGUUUUGAAAAAUUUGAUUAUCGUAGUUUAUAAUCUAUUAUUUAAUCAAUAAUCAGAGCCCACCAAAUGAUAAAGAUUUUCUUUUCCAUGAGUUAAUAUCAUACAAUAAUACUCGUGACUACUGAUUAAAUAUUUUAGUAAAUUAUAAACCACAAUAAUAUUCAAAUUUUCCAAAACUUUAAAACUUGUAGGAAAUACUAUACCUAAAAAAAAAGUCUCAACUAUUAAACAUUUUCUAAAAAUCUAUUUACAAAAUGGCUAUCUUGAAUUUAAAAAAAAAAUAUAUUAAAAAUAUUGAAUAGAACAAAAGUUAUUUCCAGUGGUAAAUAGUCCUGUUACACUCUGUAUAUAUAAUAUGUGUAAUACGUUGGUGUAUACUACAUACAGGGUGAUAUGGCACGUCACAGGGAGGGACCUACCUACCAUAUUAUAAUGACAUCAAUAUACCGUUUGUAAACAUCAACGUUAUCCUGUAUUUAUUGGUUUUAUUUUACAAUUAUAAUGUCCUAUAUUGGUAAUAAUAUUGAUAAUAUCGCGGUUUUACGGUGAAUCGCUUUAAAAAUGCAAUUGAAAUUUUGGCAAAAAGUCGAUCAAAAUAAUUACUGCGAUUUUCUACAAAAUUGAUUGGCCUUUUCUCGCAAAAACUUUUUUCGUGCCGUCCUUGAUAGUAGUGAAAAUUGGUGGUGGGCAUGUGGAACCAGUAGCGUACUGGUUAAGCCCGGAUCUAUCCACUUUUCUCAGAAGAUAAAUGUUCGACAAAUUUGCUUUAUGUUAUAAACAUAAUGUACCAACGAGAAGAUGGUUUGCAACCUAUAAUAUGAUUGAAUGCAUCCACUGCAGAUUAUUGAAAAAACUUUAUAAUUUGCAGUAUAUUUUGUUUAUUUUUAGUUUGAUAAUAUUAUUACUUUAUGAUAGAAAAAUUUUAAGUUCAAAAAAGUUAGUAAUAAUAAUAGUAGUAUUAAUAGUUGAGCUAGUUUUGUGCACCAAGGAAGAGGAGGAACGGCAAAGGCAUCUACAGGGGUGACCGUAAAAAGCGACAUCGAUGACAACUGGGCUGAAGGCAGGACAAAUAUCGUUUUUGUAUAUUGUUUUACUAAAUCAAUAAAUGAUAGCGGCCAGGUGGGAAAGCAAAGCAUAGGAAACCUACCCCCUGUUCGACGAUUCAAGAUUCAAGUAGUAAUAGUAGUAGCAAUAGUAAUAGGAAUAAUAUUAUUAUUAUUAGUAGACAGUAGUGGUGGUGGUAGUUGUUAAGUAGUAAUAUUUCCCGUCAUCCAAACACGUCUGACCUAUCCAGAAAACGAUUUAUACCAAAGCCACUGUUCGGAACCCGUCUUUUGAGUCAUCCUGUAUCUAUGUGCGCUCGCGCGCCUAUACACACGAGCCGCGCACGUACACUUAUACCGCUGCUGUGUAUGUGUAGUAGCCGUGUAUAUGAAAAGUAUACGUGACGUUUUUUUUUUUUUUUUUAGAUUUUAAAUUGGAAGACUCCUAUAACCUUAUAGCAAACGACUACUACAAUAUACUGUAUAAUAUAACAUAACAAUGAUGUAACCGAGGCGGCGGCGGAAACGUUAGUUUGUUCUCGACGGGCGGUCGACUACGAUUCGCGUUUACACCUUCGUCGUCACUCGUCAUCACUGCACUGCCGUCACACUAAACACAAUAAUAUAAUAUUAUGUUAUUAUAUUAUACUAUAUAGUAGUGUUUGGCGAACGUCAACGAAAUUAAUAAUAAUAACGAAAAACAAAAUAAAUAUUGGCCGGUUAGAAGGAAAAAAAACACCUAUGAUCAGUAAAGCUCUAUCACUAUAGAAUCGAAUUCCCCCCACUAAGCUCAAAAAGAAAACAAAGUAAUAUACUUUCUAAAAAAAGGGGUCAUCAUGUUCAUCAUGAAAUCGCUAUAAAAUUUGUAGAAACUGUUUUUGGAGAUUUCAUACUCUGUAAUUUUUAAAAUCAUCUACCCUCCAUUUAUUUUAUCAUUGUUGGAUUGAGAUAUUUAACUUAUCGUGCAGGUAAGUAAAAUGUUCAAAAACAACUACCAAGCUUUUAAAACUUAUUAAACAGGCACAAAUGGCAAACUGUGGCAAAACAGGUACAAAGGAGUAAAAGGAAGGAGAACAAAUAGAAGUAUAAAACUGAGAAAAUUAUAAGCUUGGUAAAUCUUGAUAUUUAUGCAUUUUUGCAUCGCUCUUUUUAAAUGGUUUUUUUUUUACUUUUAAUCAAUUUUUAGUAGAUUUUGUGUUAUUUACUAUAAUAAUAGAAUAUACUACUUCCAAGAAAAAAAAAAUGGUAAAAUUUGAGUAUAUUAUUAAUUUUAGGCGAGAGGUUGAUAGUCGAAACUAUAAAAAAACACAUUCUUAUUGAUACUAUUUCCAUUCAUGUAUCAAAUUUCAAACCCCCCACCCCACUAGCUUUAUUUAUGAAGCCUGUUGGAGUGUUGAAAAGCUAAAAGCAAAAUACCACAACAUCAUGUAGGUGAAAUUCAUAUUAUGCCAAUUUUUUAGCACUUCAAAACGAUUUUAAUUCCCGAGUUUUGAGCUCAUUUGAUCCAAAAGUGUAGCGAAAAAAAGACUCAAUACAUUGCAUUAAUCUUGGGAAUAAUUCGACAAAAUUGAGUGUUUUAUUUUCCGCGUGUAGUUAAGUUAAAUCAGAAAUCAACGAGAAGGGGAUUACAUUUUUAAAGAGUAUAUUUGAACAUAUAACCCUCCCUAUAGGAACUUAGAACUCUUCGAAAUUGAUAGUUCGUCUGAAAUACUUUUUGAAAACCGUUCUGACCGACAGACUGGUCUUUUAUGUUAAAGCAAAACUUUUAUAUCACACUUUUCAGCCGUUUUUUCGUUUCGGGGCAUAUUUUUUUAAGGGCAUUAUAAUGCGGUCAAAAAAUGUUUAAGUCUCAUUUUUUCAAAACGUGUUUUUUUCAAUAACCACGUUUAAACUAAAUUCCUUUUUGCGUCACCAUCGUCGUGGGGUUGUUACGAUCUUUCUCGAUAACGAAAACUUUGCUGUCAGUCGUUGUCGUGUAAUAUUAUAUACUAUAUAAUUUUUUUUUUUUUUUUUUAUCGUGACGUUCUUUUUUGCCACAAUAUUGUUAUACUCGUAUAUAAUCGUUUUUAAGAAAUUAUACGACGACGAUUUUACACGGUAGUUUGUGCGAAUCGUUUGUAAAUCUCAUUUUAACGACCCCGCGUGUAUAAUGGUGACAUUUUUCGAAUAUUUUCAAACAAUCAUUACCGGAAAAAAAUGCGAUCGCCGACGACCAGAAACUAUAUACUGUAUAUUAUAAACUAAACAUUACCGAAACUCGAUACUGUAUAUUAAUAAUAUUCGAUUGAUUUCGGUUAAAUGAGAAUUUAAUUCCCAUACUUUUUCAAACUUUCUCUCACAGAAAUAGUCGGGAAAAACGCGUGGUGUGCAUGUUUAUUAGCAACGAUAAUAAUUAUUGUUGCCGACCGAUUAAAAUUUGACGUCACGAAUAAGGAAUUCGUUGGUCGAAAUUAUUUUUCACGGAGACUGAAGUUUUCAGUUGCUGUCGCACAUUAAAUCGAAAUUAUUAAACCAGGGGAAAGAGGGUUGAAAAAAUUACUAUAUAAAUCUAUGGUUAAACGUCGUAGCAGGAUAAUGUUAUGUUUUUUUGCGAAUAUUUGACUUGCGGGUGAAAAUAUUGGGCAAAUAUUUGUUCAUAAAACAGUGUAUAUGUGUAGUGUGUGCGUAUCAGUGUUAACAAAUUUGCCACCAUUGACUACUAUCCCGCCUAUUUUUAAACGAUUUAGUAUAACUUCUACUACCUAAUUCAUACUCCUUUCCAAUUUAACUACCAUAUAAAUAACUUGCCAAUAAUAUCUGUCGGAAUCUAUGUUUGUGUUUUUGGUUUCACUUUAACACCUACUCUCUAUUCUCUCAAGCAUAUUGAAAUCACCUGCUGCAAAACCCUCCUAGGGAACCUCUCAACAGUUAUAUCUUCUCUCCUCACUCAAAAUCCUUUUCUGCUCCCUUAUUCACCCUAUCCUUGAAUACGGCUCCAUCCUCUAAAACCCUUCCACGUCAUGUGGUAAAUCUGCUAUCGAGCGUUUUAUUUCAACGCGAAUUCCUCCAUUUAGUCGCCUUCCGUUUCAACAUCCCCACCCACCUCAUGAUUACUCCUUCAUUCUCCAUGAUUUACAGCUAACUAGCCUUGCUGAUCGCAGAUAUUUACCUAAUAUUCUUUUUCUCUCUAAUCUCAUCUCCGGCAAAAUAGAUUUUCCUUCUCUCUUAUCUCAACCCACUUUUAAAAUGUCUCUUCAUCUUACCCGCUCUUCUCUAUCUUUCAUAAUUCAAUUCUCUUCUUUUAAUUAUUCUCUCAACUUACCCAUUUCUCGCCUUUUGCGCGCUAUCAUACAACGCCUACAACUAACAAAAGGAGUUUUUCAUUUUGUAAGCGAAUGGGCCAUGUUCUGAUAAAAUUAUAAUUAUCAAUUCUUAUAAGAAAAAAGUUAAUGUAUAAAUAUAUAUUAUUCUAUGCAUUUUCCACUUAUUCCAAAAAUCGGAGAGCAUCUUAUUCUGAACUUAUUCUUCUCAAGUAUUUGGGUUAACCGAUUAUACGGAGUUUGUUCUCAAUUUAUUUCCGUAUAAGUUUGAAAUUCCGGGAGUAUUUUGAUUAAAAUUAGAAGAAAAAAAGUUAAGAACCACCCUAAUAAUUUGUGUGAAAUACUCUCGGACCGCGUUAUUGUAUAGAUUUCGCAAAGCAAAAUAACUUCGAUGAUAAAAUAACUGGUAAAAACUAGAAGUCUCGAUUAAAAACGCGAAUUAAUUAAUAAAAGACUACGUGAAAACGAAGUUCGUAUACACGUGAAUGAAAAAUAAAUUCUCGGUUAGAGUUAGGUGUUCACAUGUUUUAGUGUUAUUCACGUGAAUAUGUAUAGAAAAAAUAUGUGAAUAUACGUGUUCACGGAUUUUUUUUACGGUUUUGUAUAGGUUCCAAUGUUAAUUUCACGUAAAGGCGUGAAAACAUGUACUCGUAAAAUCGGGAUCUCUAUAGUAAAAAUAAAAAAAUCGUCCGGUAAUUAAUUGCACGCUGCCGUUUAAUUAUUAUAUAAUAUUAAUAUCACGUAGCUCACGUAUUACACUUUAAUAAUAAUAUCGAACGCGUAGUUUCGAACGAACGCAAAGACAAGCCCUGGCGUAACGGUUUUAAUGGAAUAUUUUUAGUAUAAUAAUAUUAGAGGUAUCGCCCGCGCGAAUAUUAUAAUAAUAUAACAUUAUUAUUAUGAAAACCGUGGAAAUGACUUUUCGGAAUGCAAAGGAAAUGGGAAGAAAACCCUCCGGUGGCAGUAAUCUCGUGGGUUUAUUAAUAAAUAAUUGUUUUGGGGGGGAGGGAGUUUUAUAGAAAAAUCGAGGUAAAACUCGCGCGUGUAUUAAUCGUGUUUCCGGACUUUUCUCCCGUUUCCGCGGUGAGUCGUAAUAAAACGAUUUCGAGUUUUAGACCGCAUUAUAUUCUAGAGGGAAACAGUUUGUGGCGUGAUCGAUGAGAUUAUAGAGCUGCUGCGACCGGUACAAACCAACGGCGGCGGUGGAACGUCGACUGUCAGAAAACUCGCAGUACAUCAUAAUAAUAAUAAUAAUAAAUAAAUGAUAAAAAUAAAUGUAUAAUUGCUCAUCGGACGGUAGUAAUGAAAAAAAAGAUUUCCAAAACGUAUAGCUUUAUAUGAAGUAUAUUGAAGAGGAUAGGAUAAGUACCGCAUGAUAUUUUCUUUAUCUAUUAGUGGCCAACACACUAUGUACACGAUUAAUAGCGUGGAAAUUCAUACCGAUUUAACAUAAUUCAAUAAAUAAAAAAACUAUUUAUAUAUAAUUAGCGCAAUAAGUAUUCCGAUAUCGGAUUUGGAUUCUUCUUAGUGUUAUAGUAUACCCUCGAGAGAUCAGUUUUACCACUUUUCAAUAUUAUGACCGAAACAACGAAUGUACGGAUUUUACUAUGAUGUGUUGUCCGUUAACUAUUUUUUACCUAAAAUAUUUUUUUAGUGUAAAUAGUGUUACAAGUUUAGAAAACCUAGAUAUGUCAUGAAAUUCAGCAUUAAAUUAGAAACUUCCUAGGAUUUUCAAAACUUAACAUUUUAUGAUUAUGUCAGGUUAGGUUAGUUUUACACAUAUUUUGUGUCGCUGAAGUAAAAGAAAACAAUUCUGUUGGUUUAGGAUAUUGUAAUUUUAUAAUAUUUAUAAAAUGUAUUGAAACAUGAUACUAAAAUAUUACUGAUUUGGUGUUCUUACAGAAAGUACAGGACGUUGUUAAUCACUUGGAAUCUGUGAGAGUCCAUCACUCGCCGGACAAACUUUUUGAAAAACCGCCACAACAAGAUCACGGCAAACCGUCGGAUAACACCUGUCCAGUUAUACAUGCGCUUCCUGAUUCUCUCGGUGCUCAACACAUUGACCUAACCUCAACACAGGUCGUCCACGCCGAACGGAAGCCGUUGAACCCAGCCGUGAGCCUUCUGCGACACCAGGAGCAGGAGCAUCGGAACGGUGGUGCACAAACAUCUUCGACCAGCGCAUCAGAGGACUACGGUUGGGAAGCCAUGUUGCAACAGUACCAACAGCAACCAGACUACACUCCGUACGGUGGUUACGGUGUCCAACCGAACUCCGGUUACUUCAACUACGCGGCCACCGAAUCUUCCUGGUACGGUUCGCCGUCGUCGGUCGGUGGCAGUGGCGGCGAUCACACGCUUAUGGUAAGUCACAGCAUUAUAAUGUUUUCGUGGAAAGUCGGGUUAUACCUGGUAUGAGGUUGGUUUAUGUUGAUUAUUUGGGGUGGCAGAUUAUCCAACCAAUUUGUGUUUGUGCAUGAAAAGUGGCGACAAAUCAUUGGAUUGUAAAAGAAAACUUAAUUAUACCAAAAAUAGCAGGGACCAAUAUAUUUUUCGUGUAGGAUAUGUUAAGUCAAUUUUUCUAAUAUUGAACAUGUCAUUUCAAUAUGUGUUUUAACGUUUUAACAGAUUUUUCUGUUUUUAACAUUUUCUUAAGAAAUCGGAACAAGUUUUCUGUUCAAAAAAAUGCUUAAACACAAAAAAAAAAAUAGUAAAACCAAUAGAACCUACGCACUGAAUCUAAACCAAGUCAUUAUUUUUUUAACUGUGAUUUUGUUUUCGUAAAUUUACAUUAUAUUAUAAAAAUUAUCCAGUCCUUUAGAUUUUGAGUGUACUGAAGAAUGUAUUGGCUUUACAAAGGUGUUUAUUUUUUUUAUUAUUUAAACAAUUUUUCUACCAAAAAAGAGCUUACUCCGAUAUAUACGAUAUAGAUCCUUUUCUGAAAGGAAAUUUUUUGUGGUGGUACUUUAGGGUUGUCAUUUUUCGAUUUUCUCAGGAGUUUUCUCAUCAAAUGUGAAAGACCUAGGAAAAACAGGAAAAUGUACGAAAUAUAUUGGUAAAAUAUUACAGUUUUGUUUCUAUAGACAACUUUACUAUCAACAAUUUUGCUCUGAUUUACAAUGAUAGCACUUUUUCUGAAAGUAGAUCUGUCUAAGAAGGUACUUUAGAGAGAUCAUUUUUUGAUUUUUCCAAGAGUUUUCGCAGCAAAUUUUUUAAAAACCGUGAAAAACAUAGGAAACCCGAGAAAAACGGAAAAAUCGGUACAAUAUUAAAACAAAUAAAAAAAUAAAAAAAAUAUAUAAUGCCUAUUUAAUUAUUUUACCAUAUGGCAUAUAUACGUAUUGUUGACAAAACAUCACUAUCAACUGAACUUCGCUCAGAGUCGUUUUUAGUAAGUAAUACCUAGUUUACAAUCAGCCCACUUCCGUGGCAGUCAGCAGAGAAGCGAGCAUAAAAAUGGACAGCGCGAGUAUGUAAACACGUCACUCGCGCUGAUGAUCAUGCUCCUCGCACUGACGCUGCCCGACGCUCCCGUCUAGUAGAGCGGUAAACUGAGCAGCGCGAGCAGCAAAAUAACCGACAAUGCGAUCAAUCCGGUCAAUUGCUGCUCGCGCUGCUAUAAUUAGCAGGGCAAUGUAAACACUCACUGCCGUCGACGCUGUCGCAGAAGUAUUUUGAGGAGUAAAUACGGCAGCGCGAGUAGCGAUGGCAGCGGCUGAAUGUAAAAUAGGUAUAAUAAUUUAUCUUUGUUUACGGAUACAAAUUAAAUUCCCCUCUAUAUCCUAUCUUCAAAACUUCCUACUUACAAGUAGUAAACGAAUAUUUUUCUUUGGUGUUACUAUGAUUUUACUAUGCCUUUUUUUUUUUGUCUGUAAACAACUCUCCGAAAAGAAAUACUCCGAUGUAUAGUAAACCUAAGCUACAAAAUAGACGAAACUCACAUUUCGGAAAGGUAUAAAAAAAAGCGUAAUUAGUUUAUUUUAAAUUUAGAACCUAUCCCAGUAUUUUUGUACAUUUCAUUUAUAUAUUGUGUUACAUUAAAAUAAUUAACAAUUUCAUUAUUGGUAAAAAGGUUAAACCAUUAAUCUGCUGUCAUCAACCAUACUGCAAAAAUGAUAAAAAUUAUCAGUGUUUUUUAUUUAUUUUUUUUGUAAGCCUAACUCCUUUGUAGUUUUCUGUUAGUGUUUAUAUAAUAUUGUUCAGCUAUAUAUUGUAUAGCUUAACUUACUCAAAAUCCAAUUUGAUUAUCUGUGAACUGUGAAUUAGGAAAUAAUUAUUUUUUGGAACAUGUAUUCAAAAUUUAAGUAAACAAAAUAUUGUUAUAAAACAUCAUACUUUUUAGUCCUGAUAACAUACUUUUAAAUAAAAGUUCAGGACUCAAUGAGAACUUUCAUCGCAGGUCCACGAAUCUACCUUUUGUAAAUCAAGUCGCCGCCCUUCGUCUAACGAUUAAAUAAUAUGGUUAUCGGAGCUUUAAUUAUCAUAUAAUAAACACCGUUAAUCAUUGUACAGCGCCCAUUUAUCUGCAAUAAUAUGUUUUGAUAAAUAUAUCGGUUUUUAGGAUUACCCUUAAAUUUCUGACGCCUCAGAGUUCUUUUAAUUGUCUUUUCAUUAGGUAGGAAAUAAAUGUCAUUAUUUUAACGAACUAAUGAAUAUUGUGGUACUUGAUUAAUAACUUUCGAAGAUAUUUGUGAAAGAAUCUAAACAUUAUUCGCCAUAUUAUCUUGAAUUUUUCGAAUAAGGCCAUGUUCAUAUCGACAGAAUGAGAGUGUUCUUUUACUAUCUUUGGAUUUUCAUAAUCUUAUUUUAAUAAUGGUUAGUGAAAAAUAAUAUACGGGGAAUAGGUGCCUCUGAGCAAAUACAAGACUUGUGCUCAGUAUUAAAUAAUAUAUAGAUAAGUACCAGUUUUAUCCUCGUAAAACCAAACAAAAACUAAAAAGCUGUCCUAGAAUAUUGGGGACGGGUCACGGGUACAGUCAUUGUUAUAGGUGAGAAGUUGGAAAGGUAGAAGAGGAGAAAUUGAAUGUGCUUUUAACAUGUUUUUUUUUCGUUUUUUCCCAUUCAUUAUGAAAAUCAAAAAAAUAACCUCCCUAAAGUACCACCCCAGUUAGAUUUCCUUUCAGAAAAGUGCUAUCAUUGUAAAUCGAAGCAAAAUUUCUGUUAAAAACCACCGGAAAAAAAAAUAAACAUUAUUGUUUACAAUGAAAUAUAUGUAUGUAUGUUUGGUAUGUAUUGGUUAAAACCAAUACAUUUCUCGCUCCAUUCAGAAUCUAAAAUUAUCUAUCAGUAUUUUAAUUAUUUCAAUAAUAAUUCGACAGUUAACGUUUUUUUUAUUUUUGGUAAUCCAUUAUUUAGGGAAUUCCGCAUUUUUUUCGAUAAGGUAGCUUAUUGAGUUAAAGAAUAGAGCUACAGGUGGGUGUACAGAUGAUCAGUAGUUAACAUAAUAACACACUGCGAAAAUCCUAUUUGAAUUUCCUACAUGAUUUUUUUUUAUUUCUUAUUACGUAUCUCUAAGUACAUAUUAUACGCAUAACUAACAAUAUUACAAACAGGCAUGUCCUGUUGAAAAGUGAUAAGAAAUAUUUAAAUCUUAUUUAAAGGUUAUGUUCGGUUUAUUUAAAUUAUAUAGGUUUAAAUUUUUUUUCUGACUCGCCGCUCACCAAUUUAUACGCGACCCAAUAGUUUUUUGGAAGAAGUAAUAAUUAUCCUAAAUACAUAUAUCUAUCAUGUAAAGUUUAUUCUUUUUUUUCUGUGGAAGUCUGUAUAAAACGAGUAAAGAUGUGAAAUAUUGGUUUAUGGAGUGACCUAGGGAAAUGGGGGAGGGUAUCUGGUUAUACUUAAAUUUUCUUUUAAAUCUAUACAGACUUACGUCAAAAUAUCGUUUCAUAUUUGCAUUUAAAUUUGUAUAUUUCAGCAUGGUGGUCUAUCGCAUAACUCGUGCAACACACAUAUCGGUGACAGCGCCGGAAACUUCCUGAACCAUGGUUAUCAUCAGACUACAUCGACAGGUUAAUAAUUUCGUUCUCUCUUCUAUACGAUAAGCUCGUAUUUCUAGUUUCCGUUAUUUUCUGCAAUAUAUGACGUUAUCUGUAUGCGUGUGUUAUAGCGGGAGCGACAUCGUCUUCAGCUGAAUCGUUUGCCGCCUCAAACAACCAUCCGGGCGUAUCCGGGGUCAACAUGGAUCCCAUGGCUGACUUUUUAGGAGGUCACCAAAACAUGAACGAAACCGAUAAGAUCAUCAAGGUAAUUCAACGUAAAAAUGAAAUAAAACAAAUUUUUUAAUAAUAAUACUUUCCAUUUCCUAUUAAUUGCAUUUGUCGCACACAAUUUUAUAUUUUGUGUUAUUUCCAUUAUUUCUUUGUCCUAGUCGUCUAAGGUGUAAAGUUCUGUUCCGUCAUCAUGUCCGUCGUUCUUAUCAGUUAAUUAUCUAUUCCAUCAUCGUGUAUUGAAACACAAUUUUCAUUUUGGAUUUUUUUUUUUUUUUAUCCGGAUCCUCAGGAGGAAUCGAUCGAUUGGCUCUCGACCAUCAUAAAUAACGAUGAAGUCGACCAACAAGGUAACCGUCAAGACCUUGGUGAAGGGGGUGGCGGUAGUAGUGGUGGCGGUGGCAGCGGCAACGGUAAACUUGCAGUCGGUGACUUACCGCCGCACAAGGGCGGCCAAGAAUCUAACGGCCGGUUGCCUAACUUCCAUCAAGCAUUUGGGUCCACCGAAAUAGGCAGGUUUUCACAGCACGAAUACUAUGAACCACCUAAAGACACUGAUCAAAUCAGCGGCGAAUGUCAGGGGCAACAGGGGCCAACCAGAGUGGCCGGGGGCACCGGGGUGGGACGAUCCGAAGAACAUCAGCAGCCGUCUACGGUUACGUUCGAACCACCUCGGCAGCAGAACAGGCGGGGCCGGACGCAACGCGGUGGCGGGCAGCACAGGCGCAACAGCAAGCAGACCAGGACAGCAGUCGCGGCCGCUGCAGCAGCCGCCGCGGCUGCCGCCCAACAGUACGUCGGUGGUUACGACGUGACCGGUUCGACGAUGGUUACGGGUACCGGAAGGCAUCAACAUCAAAUGCCGCCGUACCAUCAUCAUCAUCACGACCCGUACGGUCGUAACCAACAGCAUGCUCAUCAGCGGUACCAUCACCAGGAAUACCAUCAUCAUCACCAACAACCGCCACCGUCUCCGUCGUAUCAACAUCACCAACAAGAGUAUUACCCCCGGCCAUAUGACCGGAUGCAUCAUGGCUACCAACAACAACAACAACAACAGCAACUGUUACCGCCGCAACCGUCGACAAACCAUCAGUCUUCGUACUACAACAAUAACCGUGAACAGUCGUACACCGGCGGCGGUGGCAGUUAUAACCGUUUUCAUUCGUGUUGUUCCACCGAGCAUAGUAGCAUAGCCAGGCCUAAUCAUCACCACAACUACGGCGGCGGUGGCCCAGGCCAGUACUACGGUGAUUACAACACUAGCUAUAGCCAAUGGUGA